CAGGCUUUCUGGACCAGGGAGGUUCAUGAGGCUAUCCCAGGUGGACCACAGGGCCUGAGAGAAUAUUAUGAGAGGCUGAAAGUGCAGGUCAGUGUUGUUUCUGCUUCAGUCAGGUGAUGUGGCAGAUGUGCUAAACCCACCAUUCCAAACCAUUUUUUCCUUGAGGAAAUCUUGACACAGAUUUUAGUUGUCAAACAACCCCCGACCUCAAAUACUAUAUUCAGCAUGGGGUUCCUGAACUGGUGAGGGACGAUGAUAUAUUUGCUGCAUCUUGGAUUUUUGCAUCUAGUUAACAAAAUUUAAAGAUUUUUGUCUUAUUUAAUUUUGCACAGCCAAUUUUCAGGGGAUAACCUUAUCCACUAAUCCCAUUCAGUGGAUGAUUUUACCCAAAAAUCCCAUUCAGUGGAUGAUCUUACCCAAUAAUCCAAUUCAGUGGAUGAUCUUACCCAAUAACCCCAUUCAGUUGAUGAUAUUACCACUAAUGCCAUUCCGCGGAGGAUCUUACCACUAAUCACAUACAGUUGAUGAUCUUACCCAAUAAUCCCAUACAUUGGAUGAUUCUACCCACUAAUCUCGUUCAUUGGAUGAUUCUAUCCAUUGCUCACCACUAAAAAUGUCCUUUGUUUUCCUACAUGACAUGUCAUGUUAGGUGAUAAUUAAGAUAACUACAAUAUCCCAUCUCCUGCUUACCUCAGAUGACUGAAGUUGUUGCCCUUGUAAGGGGCAAGCUGACGAAACAGCAGAGAAUCACUCUAGGUGCCCUGGUCACAAUUGAUGUCCACGCAAGGGAUGUUGUACUAGAAAUGGCAGACAAAGGUAUUCCAUCAGUUUUUUUUCCUCCUUAUCUUAUUUAUAAAAGUCAAAUCACUUUCUCUUUUUUUCAAAAUUAUUUUUCUACAUUUUUUACAAUUCUAUGUGUUUGAUAUAAUAAGAUGACAAACUUAUCACCAAUUAUAAGAUGACUAUUAUAUCAUACAGUAAAUUAAAUGACUAACUUACCAUACAACUAUAAGAUGACUAACUUAUCAUUCAAUUAUAAGGUUUUGCGAACCUGAUUGCAGUCUCUCCCUUUAUUACCCAAUAUAUCUGACUUACUUAUCACACAAUUAUAAGAUGACUAAUUUAUCAUAAAAUUAUCACAUUUAACCUUUAAAUGAAAUAAAAGACCCGCACAACCAAUAGACAAGUAAUAUUCAGUUAUCAUGUAUUUUAUCAGGUGUUGCCACAGAGAAUGACUUCAACUGGCUGGCACAGCUUCGCUACUACUGGGAAGAUGCCAGGAUGUUGGUCCGAAUAACAAAUGCCACUGUCAAAUAUUGUAAUGAGUACCUGGGCAAUUCUGGACGUCUGGUCAUCACACCUUUGACAGACAGAUGUUACAGGUACUUGUGGCACUUAUCCACAACUAUGUUGUACUAACUUAUCAUGCAUUUUUAUGCAUAUAUAUAUAUAUAAUAUAAAUAUACUUGUUAACGUUGUUUGAAAUCUGGAAGGCUGAUUAAUUUUUUUAAAUUAUAAAAUAAAAAUUAACUGAGAAGACAGAGUUAAAAAAAACUCAUACGAUCUUAUUUAAAGUUUAGAUUAUGGCUUUAAAUGAUGAAUUGACAAGUCCAGCUGGUAAAUGAUUAAAAAUAAAUUUUUGAUGGUUAGGGGAAAGUGAUUGUCAUCUCAGUGUGUGUGAAAAUUGUUUAUGUUUUGUUGGUCUAAAAAUCUUUAAAAAAACAAUCAUAACUGUUUUAAAGUGAAUUUUAUUAUGUCUGUGCAUCUCUGGGGUUAUUUCUAAUUUAUUUUCAUAUCUCCAUAUAAAUGUUAAAAGAAAUAUCUUCAUAGUGAUUAUUUCUAAACUCCAACUCAAGGCCUGUGUUUAACUAAUUUUUCACUUUUAUCAAACACACACACAGCUGCCAAUAUUUGAAACAUUUGUCUUUAUAACCAAUGUUCAAGGACACUUGUUGGGGCCUUCCAUCUGAACCUUAAUGGGGCCCCUGAGGGUCCAGCAGGGACAGGGAAAACAGAGACAACUAAAGAUCUUGCCAAGGCCAUUGCUGUACAGUGUGUAGUCUUCAACUGCUCCGAUGGUCUCGACUACAUUGCUAUGGGCAAGGUAAGACUCAUUUCAGAUGCUUGGAUAACAGUUAGUUCUACAUUUAAGCAACACAUUUACUGCAAUUCAUUCAAAAAUGGCAUGUUAAAAAUGCAUUAUGCACAAUGCUGGAACAAACUUUUUAUAUCAUUUUAAGUUCAAACUUUUCAUUUCUAGCUCUAUUAAAAAAUAUGUACAGUCUGUUGAAUGUUUGAAUGAUUAUUCUUUUUUGUUUCAGUUUUUUAAAGGCCUGGCAUCAGCUGGAGCCUGGGCGUGUUUUGAUGAGUUCAAUCGUAUUGACCUGGAAGUGUUGUCUGUCGUUGCUCAGCAGGUACACAUCGCUCAAACUGGAUUACCACAAAAGUUCCUUUUACCCAGCAUAUUACACAUAAAAAAAAAUUAUGCAUCUUGCAUGUUUGAGGAAUGGUAUAGUGACUAUGUUCAUAAGUAUCAGUUGUAUAACUUGUAGAACUUUACUGUUGUGUAAUUUGGUUAGCCGUUUAACAUCAUAUAGUUUUAGAAAUGAAAGCAUUUUAAAUAUAUGACCUAGGGCAAUUAAGAAAAUUUAACAUAUUUUUUCAUGUGCCACAUAUCCGAUUCAUGGGCCACUGCAGGAUUGUUUGCAAAGUAACGGAGGGUUUAGUCUGUCAGUGAUGGCCGUUAGUUAGUAAUUUAGUAAUUUCAAUGGAGGGGGUGUCACCCAACCCCCGUUGAAUACGCUGUGGACGCCUAUGAUCUGAUUAAAAUAGUAACCCUGUCAAACUCAUUUUAAAGCUUUAUUAUUGCAUGCCUCUGAAAGAAUAUUUUUCAUCUUUAGGAAAUACUUUUUUGUAUUUUUUAUUUUACUGUUUGGCCUCUAAACAAAAAAAUGUAUCAUCUUUAAUAUUUCCUUUGCUAGAUUUUGUGCAUCAUCAGAGCUGUACAAGCCCACGUGGAUAGGUUUGUGUUUGAAGGGACAGAGCUCAAUCUAAAUCCCAACUGCUACGUCUGUAUCACAAUGAAUCCUGGCUAUGCUGGUCGAUCAGAGUUGCCAGAUAAUCUCAAAGUCCUUUUCAGGACUGUUGCUAUGAUGGUAAGGAGUCCUGACAAAGCUGAUAGAUAAAGUUUCAUUCAAACUAAAAAAAAAUUAAGAAUUAAGACUUACAAGUUUCACAAAAGCUGUAGGUCUGAUUAAGAUUAAUUUUCAUAACAUCAAAGUUAGUCUUCUGUCAACACAUGUUAAAUAAAUAAUACACAAGUAAUAUUUAUGACAUUUAUAAGUUUCUGUCUCUUGACCGUUAUAGGUAAUGCUUUCCCUUUUCAUUGCAUAUUUUUAUGCCUAAACUAUAGGCCCUAAACCUUUUUGGCCCCCCAAGGAGCCCUUUAAUUUCCAUGUAACCAAACUAAUUUAUUUUCUGGACAACCUGGCAGGUUCCAGACUAUGCCAUGAUUGCUGAGAUCUCCCUGUAUUCCUUUGGAUUUCUGGAUGCCCGCAGUCUGGCUGUGAAGAUUGUCACCACAUAUCGUCUGUGCUCGGAGCAGCUGUCAUCACAGUUCCACUACGACUACGGCAUGCGGGCUGUCAAAGCUGUCCUGUCAGCUGCAGGGAAUCUCAAACUCAAGUUCCCAGAUGAAGCAGAAGAUAUUCUGGUAAAAACCAUGGGGAUGGAGGAGAUCUGGAACAUUGAAAUGCUUAAGUUUGUUCCAUUUAGGUCUUGACCAUUAUUAUCUCCUUAAAAAACAUAUUUAUCAGUCUUCUUCCCUAACGUAUUCAAUGACCAGAUUAAGAUUCAGUUCAAGUACUUUGUGAGUUUUCUCUGAGCAGUUUAAUGUAAUUGAAUCAUAUGACCUUAUUUAUUUGUUUAAAGAGAAAAUCUUAAUAUUUUAAGACCUCAAGAAUUCACACUUUUUUCAUUGAUCAUCUUGUCCCACCAGUUGUUGCGCUCCAUUAUAGAUGUAAACCUGCCCAAAUUUCUGUCACAUGACAUCCCCUUGUUUACGGGCAUCAUCUCAGAUUUGUUCCCUGGACUUGAGCUGCCUGAGGCCGACUACAAGGUAAAUUAAAAAAAAAAGUUGAUGUGUGGUUUGAUAUAUGCAGAUAGGUAAGAGAAAGAAAUUUUAAAAGUAAUGCAUUUUUACAGUGAUUAAUGAGACACAAAAAAUUUGUUCAAAUAAAUGAGUAUAGCUAAGCUUUAACUAAAUAAAAAAUUCAAACUUAUGACGUUUCGACUAAUGCCUUCAACAGUUAAAAAAAAAUUAAUUAAUAGUGUGAAUCUAAAUUGGGAAUUUUAUUGUUGAAUUAAGUUAAAUCUCUAAAAACAAGACAAGGCUUGAACGUCUACAUAAUCUCUGAGAAAAUGUUAUCCAACUUUUUAAUCAACAUAUAGACAAUAACCUAUAAAAACGUAUGAAACACAUUAAGUCAGAAACUUACUUUAAUACGUUUUCAGAUAUUUUCUGUACUUACACCCUAAAUCAAUAUAGUUUAUUUCCUGCAUGUGUUUCUUUGUAAAAACACCAGUAAAUCUUCUUUGCUCUCAACCAAAGGUUUUCCUUGAUGCUAUGGUCAGGGUGUCUGAACAGAAAAAUCUCCAGUUUGUGAAAUUCUUCAAGGAGAAAAUCAUACAAACCUACGAAAUGAUGAUUGUGAGACAUGGGUGAGUCUCUACACAAACCACAUCAGAUUGGCUUAUUUUUUUUUUUUUAAAGUCAAGCAGUGAUACAUUUUUAAAAAUUAUUUAAAUAGCUAUGUGUUCAGCUUUACAUUAUUAUCAUAUAUUGCAUGUUUUAAAUUCUCCAUAAUUUGGAUUGGAGAUUAAUCCAUACUUAGUUUUUACCUAUCAAUAAAAUGUUUUAAUAAAUUGUGCCAAAUCUUUCCCCAGGUUUAUGUUGGUUGGUGAGCCGUUUGGUGGUAAAACCAAAGUGCUGGAGACCCUCCAGGAGGGCAUGACCUUGCUAAACAGUGAAGGUGAGGAGGAAUACGAGAAGGUCAUCUCAAGGAUCAUCAACCCAAAGGCCAUUACCAUGGGUCAGCUGUUUGGUCAGUUUGACCAAGUUUCUCAUGAGGUAACAAUCAAUAAUAUAUUAAAGGAAUUAAACAAUAGUUUGAAAAGUUUUUAAGUUGAACAAAUUUGUAAAAAAGAAAAGUUUUUAACAGUUUCUUCAAACUGUUAUUUUGAUCAUAGUUAAUAAUUAUUUUUCACUCAUGAUCAAAAUUUAAUGUUCAAGAUGAAGGACAAAAAAAAAAUCCUAGUCAAGAACUAUAUAAUUUCACUUAUAUAAGAAGAAAAAAAAGAUAAUAUCUGGUGAAAUCAGAGUCUAAGAUCUCAAUGCAACAGUUUAAACAUAACCUUAUGUCAAAUUUUCUUUUCCCAUCUCAUCGUAAUUUGCUUAUAUUCAUCAAACUUCCUUUACCAACACGGCACAUCAAUUUGUUUUCAAUCUCAACUGACAGUGGACAGACGGCGUGGUCGCCAACACCUUCCGGGAGUUUGCCUCCACUGACACCCCAGACAGGAAGUGGGUGAUAUUUGAUGGGCCAAUAGAUGCCCUGUGGAUUGAGAACAUGAACACCGUCCUGGACGACAACAAGAAACUCUGCCUGAUGAGUGGUGAAAUCAUCCAGAUGUCACCCGUCAUGUCGCUCAUCUUUGAAACUAUGGACUUGUCUCAAGCCUCGGUGAGAACAAAUCUGAUUUACUAGUUUAUACUACUCACUAGAAACAGAUAAAUGUGUAUAAAAACAUUGAAGUGUUUGGAUUAUGUAAGACAGUGAAAGGUACAUCAUUUUGUAAGAUCUUUUGCCUUUUUUCCAUGAUAAUUUCCUGGGUAAGCCCAUAGAAUCAAGUGUCCUAUGUAAUUUUUUUAAAUCUUGCUUUUAACCUGGACAAAUGCUAAUUAAACCUUGUGAGAAAAGAUUCCCUACUGAAUCUUUUUAAAUAGUUAAGUAAUGAUGGCAUUCUGAGAAGUUAAGAAUUUCACUCCAAACUAUCUAAUUGUUUGACAAUUAUUCCAACAUAAGACAGACAACCCACUAGCAUGGGGAGUCCCGUUUAGCACUAUUGUGCUUUCAAUUAAAUUUAAAGCUUUCAAUUUUUUCUUUAAUCGUUUAGACACACUUAUCACUUAUCAAAUAAUGGGGCUGAUGGCCUAGUUAUAGGAACAGAACUGGAUAGUUAAGUAAAGUGUAGGUGAACUAACACAUAUUAAUGUACAUUUUGAAAAUAUAUCUUUAUUUUAAACCAAGUUCUUCCAAAUCACCUUUUCUUAACAUAAGUUUAAUACCCCUACCUUCUGGCUUGGCAUGUCUGAUUCAUAAAUUCCUUGCUUGUCCUGUUAACCAUAUGGGUCAUUUUGCACACCCCAUGGGCCAUGGAAUAUAAUUUUAAUUUUAUAGUAAUGUCUCUUCAUUUGUGUAUGUUUCAUCAUGUUUAAACUGAAGAUGCUUCAUUGUAUUACAGUUGUCUGUAUUAUUAAAAUUAUUGUACUUUUAUUAUUUUAUUCUUGAAAUUAUUGUUUUUUAUCAUUAUCGAAUAAUUAUAAUUUUUAAAAAUAGUUUCUAUCACAUAUAAAUUAAAAUAACAUCCAUAACUCUCCCCCCCCCCCUCCUUUUUAAUUGAUUACACAGCCUGCCACUGUAAGCCGAUGUGGCAUGGUGUACCUGGAGCCAACCACUCUUGGAUGGCGCCCCCUGGUGAAGUCUUGGCUGCAUGUGUUCCCAAAAGUUGUAGGAGAAGAAAACAUUGAGAUGUUGCAUGGUUUGUUCGAGUGGCUGGUAGAUCCAUGUCUGGAUUUUAUCAGGAAAAAUUGCAAGGUAGAUGACCCAUGGCAUGCAAAAGGAUUGUUUUCAUAUAACCUAUUAAAGAAUAUUACAUUGUGAUCUUCUUAAAAUUGUCCCAAGCCAAAAUUUUAUGAGUUAAGAAUGUUGAUGAUUUAAAUAUCAGUGCAUUUAAGUAAAUUCCCUGGGGACUUAAAUAGUAUUUUUAUUUUUAAAAUAACUACCCUAGAAAAUAACAAUUUUAAAAAUGUAAUGACAUUUACUCAAGUCCACAAAGAUUUUCCUCGAAAUCCUUAAACUUUUUAUCUUUUUGUUAAAAAUAUUUGGAUGAAACAAAAGUGCCUAGAAAUUUAGGAUUGUGUACCCCUGUUCAAAUUUGAAUAAGUGAUGGAAACUAUUUUAAAGACAGUCAUCCUGAAUUAUGUUUUUCGAUUGACUCUUUCAGGAGUAUGUCCAAGGCAGCCCAGCCAAUCAAAUCAAGUCUCUCAUGUUCUUAAUAGACAUGCUGAUGCAUGAUGGGAUUAAUGCAGAAGAUGCUGCUGAGAACAGGCAUCUGAAAACUUGGCUUACUGUAAGAUUUAGUUUGACAUUCCUUGAGCUAUAAUGUGUUUUUUUUGUUAAGAUUGCAAAUCUCAUUCUAGCAGAAAUGAAAUCAUUGAAGGUGUUUAUAAUCAAUUAUUAAAAAAUUUAGACCACAAAUUUAACAACUCUAUUUUAACAAGAUAUAAUUAAAUUUGUGUAAAGUUCCAAGUUUUUUUUUUAAAGUACAAUAUUUCUAAAUUACGAUGAAAAGUGGAGAACUGUUGUUUUUGUUACUUAUAAGUGCACAAUAAAUUAAUAUUAUCCGUAAUCUUUUUUUAAUUUUUUAAAAGUCUGCUGUGCUUUUUGCCAUCCCAUGGUCCAUUGGAGGCUGCAUCGAUGUUGACAGCAGGACAAAGUUUGAUGGUUUCUUCCGUGAGUUGGUUGCUGGGAAAUUUGAGGAUUCUCCAAUCCCCAAAGAUAUUGGGAAAAUUGAGUCCAUGAUACCACCUGAACACCCAGUGUAUGACUACUAUUAUGAGGUAAUAUAAACAAAGUGCCAUUAAAUGUUCUUGAAAAUGAAUUAUAUUUUUUUGCAUUAUUUUUACAUAUAAUUCUUAUAAAUUUAUUUAAGGUAUUUAGUCUUAUGACUGUUCAGUAUAAAAUAAGAAAUUGAGAACUUAAAAAAAGACUAGGGGAAUACAAAAGUUGCAUUCAUUGAGAAUCAAAUCAACUCUCAUGUUCAUGUCAGAUAUUUCCACAAACCAUUGCUAAAUGAAGAAUUUUGUAUGAACAUAAUACUGUCUAUACAAUGUAUAUGUUUGUUAAUUCUAAAAUAAGUAUUGCUUUCAUCACAUGACAUCUUAAAUUGUAUGGGAGAUGAGUUCAGUUAGAUUAGCUGACUUCUUAUUUUAAAUUAAAAUUUGAAAAGAUAAUUUUUAUUACAACUUGAACUGGCAUCACCCAGUUUUGAAUAUGGGAAAUAUAUGUUAGUUUAAUUGCACAUGUACGCCUUAAACUUUUCCCAUAUUAUAUUAUAACUGAUUUUAGGAAUGUUAUGGAAUGUGCUCAUUUUAUUUUGAAUUCAAAAAUUUUAUAGCAAAAGGCUAAAGGACAAUGGAACCAUUGGAAUGUUCUCCUGAGAGGAUCUGAGCCCAAGACGACCAAGAUUCGUGAGAUGCUUGUACCCACCAUGGACACAGCGAGGUACACGUUCAUCAUGGACAUGUGCAUACAUCACAACAGGUAAGUCUUGAAUGGUGUCAGGACCAAAGAUUUCUAUGGAUUGGGCUACUGUGACUCACACAGGUCAUCAGCAAGAGGCUGUAGGUUCAUUCACUUGGAUUUUUUCCUUAAUUUUUAUCAUUCAUGUUUUUAAUGUCCAGUUUUUUCUCACCUCAGACCACUUCUCCUUGUUGGCCCAACUGGCACAGGAAAGAGUGCUUAUGUGCAGCAGAAGCUCAUGCAUGAACUCCCACAGGACAAAUACCUGGCCACAUUCAUCAACUUUUCAGCACAAACAAGUGCAAACAUGACACAAGUGAGUUGGAAAUAAGGCUAUGGGAUUGGACUCAUUUAUGAUUGGAGGAUAGAAAAAAUGGCAGAGGAAUGUAUAAUAUAUAAAUAAUGAGAGAGAAAAAUAUUAUCCACAUAUAUAACCCCUCACCAGCUUGAUAUACCUGCCAAAAAUGUCUUUGAUUAGUGAAAAGUAAUAGUAAUGAGUCUUACCAAAUGGCGCCUUGUCUUUUUAUAAUAAUAAUAUUGUAGCUCAAGUGGCUGUGCAGAAAUUAUUUGUAAUUAUAAGGGAAGCCCAAUUAAUUGCUUAGUUACAAGUAUAUUUGUUAAAAUAAUUACUUAAAACUCAGCCGAAAUCCUUAUAUUUUUUCCAACAGAACAUCAUAAUGUCAAGGCUAGACAAGAGACGCAAAGGUGUCUUUGGCCCCCAGGUUGGGAAGAAGGCCAUCAUUUUUGUGGAUGAUCUUAACAUGCCAGCCAAGGAGGUGUACGGAGCUCAGCCCCCAAUAGAGUUGCUGCGACAGUUCAUUGAUCACGGCAAUUGGUCAGUUGGGUUUAUCAUUUAGUUUGAUUGAUCAACAUUGCUUCCUACUACAAAAGUUUUUUUUUUUCUAUUUAAACAGUGGCACAUGCUAUUUCAAAACGUGACUUAAAAUUUUGUUAAAUUAAAUUUGAUAGCAGCACUGUAUUAUAGAAUAAUUGAUGGCUAAUAGAUUUCUUUCCUGUCCACAGGUAUGACCUCAAGGACACAAGUAAGAUAAACCUGCAGGACAUCCAAUUCCUAACAGCCAUGGGACCACCUGGAGGAGGGCGUAACACCAUCACCCUCCGUUUCAUGAGACAUUUCAACAUCAUCUCUAUGAACCCAUUCAAUGACGAGUCUAUGACAAAAAUAUUCACAACACUCAUUACCACCUACCUUAGGGUAAGUAAGUUUUAGGACAUUAGUUAUUAUAACAGAAACAGGUCAUAUCACUAGAUUUUUAAAAAUUAUUUCAAUAUUUUUAGACACCUUGCAAGAAAGUUAACAUUUCAUACCUUUUAGAAAACUCAAUAUUUUUUUUUAGAAUUUACCAGUGACUGGAAAAAAAUGUUAAUAUAAUUGAAAGAGAGAGAGAGAGUGGUUGAUUUUUGUACCUGGGUUGUAUUUAAAUGUACAGUUCUUUUGGUUUGGAGAUUGCUUGCUUACAUAAUAUAUAAAUGUACUUUUUGUUUGUUUUUAAAGCUUGUUCAGUGAAUGUUUUACAUGCGUCACCUAGCAGAACUCUUCAAUGAAUGUUUUACUUUGAGUCAUAGAGCAGAUGUGUUCAAUAAAGUUAUGCCAAUCUACAUUCUACAAUCUUAAAAAUAAAAAUUUAAAAAUUCUAGAUUUUGUUUAAGCUCUGGAUGUGGAAAAAUUUGUUUUUGUAACGGACUAUGUUUCACAUGAAAACAGAGAGGUAGCAUGAGUGAACAGUGAAUUGUGUUGACCAUGUAUUUUGAGAUGCAAAAGUGAACUCCACGUUUUUGGAGAGUAAAAUUAUGUUUUUGUCAGAGCGGUUGUUUUCCACGCUUUGCUGAUAAUAAAGUAUGAGUUGACUGAGAUAAGGAGUCAGAGUUAGUCGGAGUUGAGUUAGAGUUGAGAUGUAGUACAGUUGAGCUGAGUUGACAGUAGUAUGAGGACGUGUCUUUCUUAAUGAUGGAAUACUAUAGAUUUAUAUGUGAAAUUACAUUCAUGCAAGGAUUAUUUAUUAAUAUUAUCAAUAUAAAGUGUGUUCAAUAAAGUACUGUAAGUUUAACCAGGAUUCAGUAUUCUUAUUUGCGUGCCCGGAUUAUAAGUGGAAGAAUGAAGAAGCCUUAGUCGGCAUCCUGAAAUAUCAACAUAACAUAAGUAACCAUACUACUGACAUAACCCACAGCAUAAGAAAUAAGCUCCCACGCCAUGUCAGAGUAGGUGUGUUACAAAUGGUGUCAGAAGCGGUGUAACGACGAUGCGUUACAAAUAUUGUAAAGAAGUGUCAGAAAUGUGUUACAGAACAUUGAGUAACAAUGAUAUAUUUUAAAAUUCGAGCGGAAGAAUACAGCGAACGACAUUACGACCGUGUAUUAAUCAAGUCCGAGACGAGUUCACUACACACAGAGUUAGCCGAUAAUUGAGGUCAGUCACGGGAGUUCAGAGUUCAGUCAACUGGUACACGGCAACUAGCAGCAUAAGGAAAAUUUUCAAGUUAUUUACAACUGUAGCAAAGAUUUACUGUAAGCCUACAUAUUACAAGACCAACAGAAGUAGAAGUCUGACGUUAUUACAGAUGAGAUGUGUGUAUCAAGACAUCGAAAGUAAGAUUUCCCCAGCAUAAUCUUCACUUUAUACAAGCCGCACAAAGCCUAGUGCGCAUUUCAAGUAAAGUAAUUCUUUAAUUACUCGCAAGUUCAACUGAAUCGGAGAGAAAGUACACUAUUUUCAAUUGGAUUAUUACACUAUUACUUCUAUUACGCAAGGUACUUGCAUUGGAUUACUGAAGCAGUUUGUGUUGUAACUUUUUCAUUGGAUUAUAUAACUUUUGCAUUGGAGUAUUUACCCAAGUACACUUUCUACAUAGAAGGAUUAUCGACUACACAGAGAUCAUAGCGUCACAGAGGAGCAGAGGUGACCAACUACAGAUUUCUUUUAAACACUUGGUAUUUAUGUAUUUAUGUGUUAUGUAUUAUAUAUAAUUUAAGACUUUAAAAAUCUACUUAUAUCAUACUUAAUUAGAUUAAGUAAAAUUUUUUUACUUUUUCUGUAUAUUAUAAGUUUAAUUUUAGAGUAUACUUUAGGAAUAUCCACGGUGUUAUCUUUCCUAGGGAAGUUUUUUUAUUAAAACAGUAAAGGUUUCUUCUGGCCCUAUUUAUAACACUGUAGGAUAAUUUUAUGUUAGCUGUGAAGUCUAGUUUGUACAUUGUCAUAACUGUUGUUUUUUAGUAGAUCUUGUCAUAUUUGUGCUAUUUGUCAUAUUUUCUACUAUCUUGUGGUCCAUAAACUAAACAGUACUUUUGUAUUUGUUGUCUCAUUAGUAUUCAUGUAAACGUCUACAUAUCUGUAUUUAUGUUGUGAAGUAGACAAUUUAAUUAUUUUAAAUUUUUCUUACACUUAUUUAUAACUUAUAAUUCAUGUAUCAACUUGCAUUUGUGUAUACAUUCAUUAACAUGUAAAUAUAUGUAAUAUUGUAAACUAUUUUAAUUAAUAACUAAAGAAUAAGGAGAUAACUGAUAUACUGAUACAUACCAAUAUAAUUUUAGUUACUCACAUUAUAACUAAAAAUGGCAGAGUACUUAGAACUAUUAGAAGUAGGUGAGAAGCUUGGCUUAAAGCAGGAGAAAUUAGCUGACUUCGUAACUCGUGAGAUGGACAAAAUUAGGGACAAACAGAAAGAAGACAAAGACCGACAAGACAAAGACAAAGACCGAGAAGCUAGAAUGUUAGAGAGAAGCGACCUUAAACAAAUAGAAGAACUAAAAUUAAAAGGACAAAAGGAAAUAGAUGAACUUAAAUUAAGAGAACAGGAUAUGAAAUUAAGAGAGGAAGAAAUAAAACUAGAAAGAGCUAGAAUAGAAUCAGGACAGCAUACACCAUCAACAAGCAAUAGAGAAACCAAUAGCACAUACAAACCUAAAUUUAGAGAAUUUAAUGAACAUAAAGAAGAAAUUAUUAGUUAUCUAUCACAAUUUGAGGGCAUCUGUCAGUCUUACAAUUAUAGAGAAGAGACUUGGGCUAAUAUUUUAUUGAGCAGAUUAUCAGGGAAAAGCCUAAGUAUUAUUAAUUCACUCAGUGAAGAACAAAAGAAUAAUUAUAACUAUAUAAAGAAAGUUUUGUUAAAGUUCUAUGGAAACACAGAAGACAUUUAUAGAAAAAAUUUCCACAACAUAAGACUAGAGAGAGAAGUAGAUCCUAACACCACCAUAUUCAAUAUUAGAGACAAUCUUGUCAAAUGGCUUGAAUUAACUGAAAUUGACCUAAAUGAUCCAAAAGCAUUACUGGAUAUGUUUAUCAUAGACAAAAUAUUAAGAAAUGCAUCAGUCUCUUUAUUUUCAUUCCUUAAAGAGAGAAAGAUUAAAAAUGAGCGUGAGUUAGUUGACUCAAUCACAACAUUUAAAGAUGCUCACCCCAAUGAAGAGCUAGACAAUAGAAACAGCACACUAGCCUCUAUUAGAAACACACCCAGUGAUAGGGACAGUCAAAAACAAAACACAUAUCAAAACAGAAGAUACCACAGCCUACCUGCCAGAUGGCAAAACAAUAAAUUUCAGAAAAGUCAUCAAAACAAUUACCAGACACCAUAUACUAAUUAUUCAAACAACAACAAAUGUUUCUACUGUGGCAUUCCAGGUCACAAAAAAUAUGAGUGUAGGAAAUUACAUAGAGAUUUAGGACAUUCACAACAAUACUAUCAGAGAACAUCACCCAACAGUAGUCCAAUUAGAUACAACAGUGCAAAUAGGAGUAGACAACCAUAUAAAAAUCAAAGAUAUAAUUCCAAUCAGACUAACAGUAGACAAAACACCAAACCACAUGAAACUUUAGCUAGCGCAUGUCACAGUGAAGGAAGUUUACAAUUUUUUCCUUCUUAUGUAAACAACCAGCUUGUUCAGUGUCUAAGAGACACAGGUUGUACAACAAUAGUAGUUGACAAAAAAUUGAUUGAUCCUAAAGACCAUAUAUCUGAAAAAACCACAGUCAUGUUAGCAAAUAACACAAAAGUUGAAUGUUAUAAAGCAGUAGUGGACAUAGACUGUCCAUGGUUGACAGGAAAGGUAACGGCAGUACUUAUGGACAACCCAGUAUGUCAGUUAAUAAUUGGAAAUAUUAAAGAAAUUCCAGAUAAUUCCCAAGAACUAUUCUUAAAUUGGAUUGAAUCAAAAAAUUUAACCAAAGAGUAUAUAAGUGCAAUAACAAGACAACAACAUAAAACUAGUCAGACACAGCCUGAAAUAGAAGAAAAAUUAGACAUUCCAAAACAAAUAUCUAGAGAGGACAUAAUUAGAAUGCAGACAGAAGAUAGGCAAAUUCAGGACAUUAGAAACAAAAUUAAGGACAAUAACACAAUUUAUAGAGGACAUAAUUACACAAUAAAACAUAAUAUUCUAAUCAGAAAUUUUGAGAAAGGUGAAAUCAAAAAAUCUCAAAUAAUAGUACCAUUAAUACUCAGAAACAAAAUACUCAACCAUGCACAUGACAGUCCUUUGGCUGGACACAUGGGUAUAAAAAAAACAUUAGAAAGGGUCACACAGAAUUUUUAUUGGCCAGGCAUACACAAGGACAUAAAGAAACACAUAAACAAAUGCAUACCAUGUCUGACAAAAAACCCAAUACACAGUAAACACAGAGCACCCAUACAACCCACAGACAAAAUAGGUAGAAACUUUGAGAAGGUAGCUAUAGAUAUCAUUGGUCCUCUUAAUCCACCAUCAAAUAAGGGACACAAAUUUAUUUUAACCAUGAUUGAUAUGGCAUCUAGAUGGCCAGAGGCAAUUCCCCUCAAAAACAUUAAUUCAGAAACAAUUUGCAUGGCAUUAUUAGAUGUAUUUACAAGACAUGGGUUCCCUGAUAAAAUAUUGUCAGAUAAUGGAACACAGUUUACUUCCAACUUAACCAAUGCAGUUACAAAAAUGCUAGGUAUAAUACAAGUACAUUCCACAAUAUAUAGACCACAGGCUAAUGGUAUGGUAGAACGAUGGAACAAAACACUAAAAACAAUGUUAAAUAAAACAACAAUAGACCACCCUAGAGAAUGGCACCUAUAUAUACCCAUGGUUUUAUUCGCCUAUAGAGAGAGUAUACAAGACACCACUGGGUACUCUCCAUUUGAGCUAAUGUUUGGGGCCAAUCCAAAGGGACCGUUAACUCUUUUUAAAGAAAAUAUUUUAGGCCAGAAAGGCACACAACAAGACACAUUUGACAUAAUUACAAAAAUUAGAGAGAGGAUUACAUAUGGCAUAGAAAAUGCUAAAGAAAACACUGAUAGGGAGUCUAAAAGACAAAGACAUAUAAAGAAUACACAUAGAUACCUCAGAGAUCUUAAAGUACAUGAUAAAGUUUUGGUAUGGUUGCCAAACAAUAAUGGACAAAAGAUUUGGCAGGGUCCGUUUACAAUUCAUGACAAGUUAAAUUUAGUUGAUUAUGUAAUUCACAUGAAGGGUGAAUUGAAAGUCCUACAUGUGGACUUGCUCAGAAAAUAUGACUCUGUUCCUGAAGAGUUAGAAACCAUCAGUAAUGAAAUAAGUAGCACAGCCACCGUUGCUAGUGUUAUACAAUUAGAAGACAAUGAAAAUAACACCACAACAAACAGACACUUAACAACAAUUCUAAAAGAAUACAAAGAUGUCAUCACAGAGAACAUAGGACACACUAGUAGUUUAGAACACAAGAUAAUAUUAACACAGGAACCCACAUUCAAACACAAAAUCUAUCCAAUUCCAUAUGCAUUUAGGGAAGAAGUAAAGAAAGAACUAAAUCAUUUAAUACAGACUAACAAGAUUAAAAGAUCAGAUUCACCAAUAGCAUCACCCAUGGUAGUAGUAAAAAAGAAAAAUGGCCAGUGCCGUAUAUGUUGUGACUAUAGGGAGUUAAAUAAAAUCACACAAUUAGAUGCAGAACCCAUGAGGGACACCAGAGAACUACUGGAAGAAAUAAGCUCCCACGCCAUGUCAGAGUAGUUGUGUUACAAAUGGCUCCUCCACAUUAUUCACACACUUAGAUUUAAACAGAGGAUUCUGGCAAAUAGGCAUGCAUCCGGAUUCCAUGCCUUUGACUGCAUUUGCCACAGAGAAAGGCUUGUUCGAAUGGACAGUAAUGCCAUUUGGUCUAGUUAAUUCCACCGCAACAUUUUCUCGAUUCAUGCGAAUCAUGUUAGAAGGCAUACCAAAUGUAGUACAUUUUGUCGAUGAUAUCUGCAUUCACACUAAGGAUAUGAAGACACAUAUAGAGACUAUAAAAACAGUACUAAACAAAUUAAGAGCACAUGGAGUUACAAUAGCACCAAACAAAUUAAAGUUUGCACAAGAGGACAUUGAAUUUUUAGGAUUUAAAGUCGGUAAGAACACUAUUCAGCCCACAGAACACAACAGAGGAAAAAUACUAAAUAUAAAAACACCACACACUCAGAAAGAAGUAAAAGCCAUUUUAGGUUUGUGCAAUUUUUACAGCACUUUUGUUCCAAAAUUUUCUGAUGUUACACUACCCUUAAGGAAACUAAUAAAUAAAGAUAGCAAGAAACAAAUAGUAUGGACGGAUGAAUGCGAAAAUACACUGAGAACAAUCAAAGAAAUUUUCCAAAGUGACAACAUAUUGUUAUCACCCAAUUUUAAACAGUCUUUCACUCUAGUUACAGACGCCUCCAACAUUGGAUUAGGAGCUUGCCUUAUGCAAGAAUACAAUCAUAAAUUAAGACCAAUUACCUAUUUAAGUAGAGCACUAAGCAGAACUGAAAUUAACUACUCAACUAUUGAAAAAGAAUGCUUAGCAAUUGUGUGGGCACUUACCAAACUACAGAAAUAUCUAUUGGGCAGAAAAUUUAUAUUAUUGACUGAUCACAAGCCAUUAAUGGCACUAAAUAGAAAGAAGAUAGCAAACAGUAAAAUAAACAGAUGGUCGUUGAUACUAUUAGAUUAUCAGUAUGAGAUAAGGACAAUAAAAGGAAAAGACAAUACAGUAGCUGAUUUCCUUUCCAGACACAUUGAACAUGCAGACAAUGACAAAGACACUGACUUAAGACACAUUAGUCAGACAUUCUAAAUGAAUAUACACACAUACGUUCACUCAGUUUUUUGAUAAGACACUUGUACAUAUCAAUUUUUGUAAAUGAAUAUCAGAUUUUAACCAAUUGUAAAUUUUCUAAUGCAAAAUUUAAGAUUGUUACAUUCAUUUUGCAGUGUUUAUUAUUCAUUAAGAUGUCAAUGUCACUUCACAUUAUCAUACAUAAAGAUUUUAAGAGGUUGUCAUUGGUGAUUUUGUAAUUUUUUGCCAGGGUAAAUUAUUCACUAGUAAAAGGCCCUGUAUUUCAUAAUGAUGAAAUGUUAAUGUUGUUACACUGAUUUGAUUGUUAGAUGUGGCAUUGAAAUUUUCUAAGAGACAUUAUCAUUAUUUCAACAUAUAAUGCCAAAAAUUUUGUUGCACAAAAUUUUUUCAGAUGGGUGGGGAAUGUAACGGACUAUGUUUUCACAUGAAAACAGAGAGGUAGCAUGAGUGAACAGUGAAUUGUGUUGACCAUGUAUUUUGAGAUGCAAAUGUGAACUCCACGUUUUUGGAGAGUAAAAUUAUGUUUUUGUCAGAGCGGUUGUUUUCCACGCUUGGCUGAUAAAAAAGUAUGAGUUGACUGAUAUAGUGAGAGCUGAGCAUAGAGCAGCGUGAGAGCUGUGUGAUUAGAGAGUUGAGCUGAGUUGACAGUAGUGUGAGGACGUGUCUUUCUUAAUGAUGGAAUACUAUAGAUAUAUAUGUGAAAUUACAUUCAUGCAAGGAUUAUUUAUUAAUAUUAUCAAUAUAAAGUGUGUUCAAUAAAGUACUGUAAGUUUAACCAGGAUUCAGUAUUCUUAUUUGCGUGCCCGGAUUAUAAGUGGAAGAAUGAAGAAGUCUUAGUCGGCAUCCUGAAAUAUCAACAUAACAUAAGUAACCAUACUACUGACAUAACCCACAGCAUAAGAAAUAAGCUCCCACGCCAUGUCAGAGUAGAUGUGUUACAGUUUUGAAAUAACCAUUUACCAUUUUUAAAAUUCCCUCACAGCAACAAGAGUUCUCCUCUGACUACUUUGCCAUUGGUACAACAAUUGUGGGUGCAACAAUGGAAAUGUACAAGGAGGCCAUGAAAAGUUUGCUGCCAACCCCGGCUAAGUCACACUACAUCUUCAACCUGCGAGACUUCUCUCGUGUCAUUCUCGGAGUCUGUCUCAUCAAGAAAGACCAAGUGCAGGAUAAGAAAACUCUAAUCAAGUAAGGUCAACCCCCAAUUUAAAUUGUUCUUUGUGAAACGUCAGAAGACAUGGGUUGUGUGAUUUAAUCCAUUAAGUCAAAAUUUACAAAAAUAAUCAUCCUGAUCCACCAGCUUCAGCCAUAGUGGGUGUUAGUGUUGUCUGGCCGUUGUGGUAGAUACAGCUAUGAAAAGCAGAUAAAAACAAUUAUUUUUAAACAUUAAAAAUGCUUUUGACCCCGCAGACUUUGGGUACAUGAGGUCAUGAGAGUUUUCUAUGACCGCCUGGUUGAUGACUCUGACAGAGCAUGGCUGUUUAAGUAAGUAUUUGUUAAAUAUUGAUAAUACUUGUUGACAUCAAAAAGAAUAAUAAAAAUGAUCCACAAUUUUAUCUCUAUAUUUGAAGAAUUGCUCUAAAAAAAGUUUGUAUGGGCGAGGGGGUUUUUUUUUUGCCCAGCAUUCCAUAAAACCCAAUGACACUUCUGUCUUUGAUUUAUUGAACCUCCACUCCAACAGGACAGCGGCCAGUUUACUCAAGGAUCAGUUUAAAGAGAGCAUGGAUGGCUUGUUUGUCAAUCUGGCAAGUGGUGGCCAAGGGGGAAGGGUGAGUAACUCUCAGAGUAAUUUGUACAAGUAAUGUCACCAUUCUCAGUUUUACAUUCACUGUUUGACAGUGCAGCCAGAUGUUGACAUUUUGGUCAGUAUGCAAGGUGUUGAUCUCAAAGAACGUUAUAAGUGUUUCACAUGUAUUAAUUAAAAACACCUUUAAAAAUAUGGUAAGUUUCAGCAGUAAAGAAAAAAAAUUAUAUGAAUACCGAAUUCAGAUCUUAUUGAUCCUAAACAAAAUUGUGUUUUUCUGUAUGUGACAGGUUCAGGAGGAAGACUUGCGCAGUUUGAUGUUCGGGGACUACAUGGACACAGAUGCCAUGCCAGAGGACAGAGUGUACAAGGAGGUCGGCUCACUGGACGAGUUCUACAAUGUGGUUGGGGUCUGUCUGGAGGAGUACAACAACACGCACAAGAAUGCCAUGAACCUGGUCAUCUUCAGGUCAGUCUUUGUAUUAUCUUCUAGGAUUUGAUCAGCUGGUCAGUCGAUUCAUAUAAUGGAAUGUCAGUAGGAAUCACCUGAAUAUAAGUGACUCUGAAAGUGUCCUGAAAUGUAUAUUUUGUUUGUAUAAGGAAUAUAUGCAGCUUUCCAAUCAAACUACACUAUGCUGAAUUGUAGAUAUACAACUACACAACACUAGGAAUCACCACACCAUAUUCUAGAUAUAAAACACACAACACUAGGCAUCAGCAAAUCAUACUGUAGAUAUACAACCACACAACACUAGGCAUCACUAAAUCAUACUGUAGAUAUACAACCGCACAACACUAGGAAUCACCACACCAUAUUCUAGAUAUACAACCACACAACACUAGGAAUCACCGCACCAUAUUCUAGAUAUACAACCACACAACACUAGCAUCACCAAAUCAUAUUGUAGAUAUGGUGCUGCUGGCAUUUCUGACUAAAUGGAGUCUUUUUCAAAUUUCUGUUUGAAAUCAUGUUCGAUACACAAUUGUGCAGGAAGUGAUUUUGGAUCAACCAAUUGUGCUUUAGUUUUGUAUAUUUGCUAUUAGAUUAUUUACUUCACGUGUAGAUAAGUAGAUACUAGUUUUAAAUCUCUGCAAUAAUACUCUAAGAUAUGCUAUAAAAAGGUGUGUUUUUUUCCAGGUAUGUCUUGGAGCACCUGUCACGUAUCUGUCGUAUCUUGCGACAGCCCGGAGGUAAUGGCAUGCUGGUUGGUGUAGGUGGCAGUGGCAGGCAGUCCUUGACCCGGCUGGCUACAGCCAUGGCUGGCCAUAACCUGUUUCAGCCAGAGAUAUCCAAGAACUAUGGGACCAACGAGUGGCGGGAAGACAUCAAGGUAUGAGGGCCGCCUCAGUUGUUCAUGCAAAUACAUGACAUACCAAUGAAAUAAUUCAUUAGGACUUUAAAAGCUUAAAUGAUCUUACAUUUAACGGAAUAUAAUUUUAUUAUUAAAAUUUUUUCUAUUUCAAUGAAUUAAAUCAUCUUAUGCCAUGUUUUUCUAUUGUUUCAAAGAUGAAGCAUAUUUUUCUAUUGUUAUUUUUUUAAAAAAAUUAAAUCAAAGUUGUAUGGCCCUACCAACCAUUAUUUAGCUAUCUAAAAAUAUAUUCCUGGUAUGACUAUGACUAAAGGCUUACCACUUACACACGCAUAUUCAACAGAGUGUGCUGAAUGCAGCCGGAGGACAGGGAAAGACAACUGUAUUCCUAAUCACAGACACCCAGAUAAAGCAGGAGUCCUUCCUUGAGGACAUUGACUCCCUCCUCAACACAGGAGAGGUUCCAAAUUUGUUUGCUGCAGAUGAGAAGGCCGAGAUCAUGGAGGUACAAUACUUUCAUGCAUAGAUCUCAGUAACUUUUCUUUUUUCGGGAUUAAAUAUGUGUGUAGACCAUGGGCGCCCGCAGAAAACUUUCUAGGGGGGGGGGGCAAAAAAAAUCGAUUAGCGGGGUGGGGGGGGGGAUUUUUUAGUAAUGUUUUAAUGUAGUUUUAAUUUACUGUAGCGUAUUUGUAUGGUUAACGAACGGACAGGACAUCAGCUUAGUUAAUUUCUCUUUAUUUUCUCUUUACUUUAAUACAUUUUAUUUUUUUUUUUUUUUUUUUUUUUUUAUUUUUUUUUUUGUUUUUUUUGUUUUUUUUUUUUGAUCCCAUGGGGGGGGGGGGGGGGGGGCAAGCCCUUGCCCACCCUGCGGGCGCCCAUGGUGUUGACCUAAUUUAUUGGAUUGGUUAAUACUCAGGGAGUAUUGAUGGGAAAUACAUUCUUGUCAAUACAUUACACACCUAAGUAUUAAUUUUUAAAAAUAAAGCAAUUUAAAAAUAUGUUUAGAUCUGCCACAAGUAUUUUACCCCAAGUAUGUUUUAAAAUCAUGAAAUCAGAGUUUGAGAAUACAUUUUUUAAAUGAUCAGAAUCAAUUUGCAAUUUAAAGCCAUCAAUUUGCAAUUUAAAGCCUCAAUUUUGAAAUUAAUGCCUCCAUCUUGCAAUUAAUGCCUCCAUCUUGCCAAUGAAUGUCUCCUUCUUGCCAUGAAAGCUCCCAUCUUGCCAAUGAAUGCUUCCAUCUUGAAAUGCCUCCAUCUUGCAAUUAAUGCCUCCGUUUUGCCAAUGAAUGCUUCCAUCUUGACAUGAAUGCCUAUUUCUUAAAAUGCCUCCAUCUUGCAAGUACACAAAAAAAAAAUCAUUGUUUCUUAUUCAGGCUGUUAGACCAGUUGCACAAGCCGGAAACAAGAAUGCAGACUUCUCUCCCUUGGCACUGUUUGCCUUCUUUGUGAACCGUUGCAGAGAAAACCUCCACAUUAUCAUCGCCUUCAGCCCCAUCGGAGAUGCUUUCCGUAAUAGGCUUCGUCAGUUCCCAUCCUUGAUUAACUGUUGUACCAUUGACUGGUUUCAGGUGAGCAACAAGCAGCAUAGAUAUUAAAAUUUUAAGUGUACAAAGAUUUCUGCAAUUUAAAGAAAACUGUAUGACAAUUUUCAUGUCUUAAAUGUUUGAGAAUUCUAUUAAUAUAACACAAAAAUAAUCUUAAUCACACUGUAUUAAUAAAAAAAAAUUAUUAGUUGAUGCUUUCCAAAGUGGCUUCAAAAGAAACCUUGUUUUGAGCAUAGAGUUUGAAAACUAAUCAGUUUAUCUGAGUCUGUAAUGUAUGCAAUGCAAUGAUACAUUUUUGUGUGAAGUGGUUGAUAUGAAUAGUGUAUGUAGUAAUUAAAAGUGUCAUAGAAUUUUAUGAAAUAAAAGACACUUUUAGGAUAUGUUUUAUUGAAUGACCAUAACAAAUCUUGAUUUUAUAGUUAUGUAGUAUUUGAUUUAAAUAAUGACAAUGUCUUGCAUCAAUUGUGGAGGCCCAAAGGAUAUGGUUUAAUUAAUAACAAUAUUCCAUUACUGGUUUUGAAGGCCAAAGGACAUUAAUUAAUGAUAACGUCUUGUGCUGAGAGUGUAAGCCUAAAAAAAUAUGCUUUAACGAAUGACAAUGAUGUCUUGUACUUACUGUCCAGGCCUGGCCAGAUGAUGCCUUGAUGAGGGUGGCCAACAAGUUCCUGGAAGAGGCUGAUAUUGAAGACAAGGAGAAGGUGGAAGUUGUCAACAUCUGUAAGACCUUCCACCAGAGUGUCAGGGACCUUUCUGAGAGGUCUGUAGCAUCCAUUUACUGUGUCCAUAGAUUUUCUUUUCUUCAUCAAGCCAUGUUUUCCUUCGAGCUGUUUGCAAAUAAAAAAAAUAAUGUUGAUAAGGAAAGUUUUAUGUGUACACCAUUUUAACACCAUUUUUAACACCAUUUUUAACACCAUUUUUAACACCAUUUUUAACACCAUUUUUUAAAAUUGAGUAGUGUUUUCAGGGAUAUUACAUUAUUUACUUCAAAAUGGGUUAAUUAUUCAACGUGCAAAAACUAAUACCUUAGCGUCACCUUGACAUGUAACAAUGUCCUUAGUCAAAAGCUUUACUUUUUAAAUUAUUGCACCUCUACUGAAAAGACUCCACAAUUGAUAUUGUUUUUGCUGACAAACGUAUUAGUAUGUUAGAAGUAGUGUGUGAUUGUUUAAGGAAGAGAUAGAUGGCUGCUGAAGAUAUCGUAGAAGCUUUUGAGUUCACUUUUAAAAAAAUUAUUAUCCCAAAAAAAUUAUAUCUGUUAUUUUGUUGUGAAGGACCAAGACAUUACAUUGUGAAUAUGAUGAACUAUCCAAUGACAAAGUGGAAUUAGCCAUAGGGUUAUAUUUGCGGGUAGAAAUGUUUCGAUAUGUUUUCGUUGAUGUAAGUAAUAUUUGCAAAAUGAAAUGAAGCACAGAGGAAUUUCUGUUUUAUAAAUAGAUUCCUCCAAGAACUAGGUCGGCAUAACUAUGUCACCCCAACAUCCUACCUGGAGCUGAUAAACUCUUUCAAGAACCUGCUGCAGAAGAAACAAGAUGAGACCAUGAAGGCAAAGCAGAGAUAUCUCACUGGACUUGAGAAGUUAGCCUUUGCCGCCUCUCAGGUAAAAAUAUAUACAUAAAUUACAGUCGUUGGCCAAAUAAAUUUUCUUCUUGUUAAAUUUUUCAGGCAGCUGUCACUUUUAUUGACAAAAUUACAGCCUCUGUGUAUAAUAACAUUUUUUUACAUUUAGAUUGCGAUUACUUCCAACUUCAGCCAGAUAUUUUUGCCAUGUAAAACCAAAAUUAACUAUAACAGUUUAAAAAAAAAAAAAGAAAUUGAUUGAUACAAAAACGAAUUGAAGAAGGUGGCCAGGUGCUGCCCCCCACCCUUCUCCCCUAACUUGUAGGCUACCAAGUAAACAAAAGUAAAAUUUUAAUUUGUAAUAUGGGCUGGAUUUAACUCACACUGAUUGAGGAUCCCUGUUUAAAGCCAGUGUCUGAUCUCCUGACUUGUUAACCUUACAGGUGGCCACCAUGCAGAAGGAGCUGGAAGAGCUGCAGCCCCAGCUGGUGGUGUCUGCCGCAGAGAAUGAGAAAAUGCUCAAAGUUAUUGAGGUGGAUUCAGCGGAUGUGGAGAAGACAACGGAGAAGGUCAAGGCCGACGAGGCUGUAGCCAAUGAGAGUGCUUCCCAGGCCCAGGCUCUGAAGGAUGACUGCGAGGCUCAGCUGGCUGAAGCUAUCCCAGCCCUUGAGAUGGCCAUCGCUGCCCUCAACACACUCAAAGUCAGUCUGCUGUUCUGUUGGCACAUAAUCUUUUUCAAUAUCUGACAAUUAAAAUCUGAAUUAUCACAGUGACAGACCAACAAUUUCGACCAAAAAAAGUGUUCUAUUUCUCCAUCAAAAGCCGUGAAAAAAAUAUUAAAUUCUUCUGGUCUCUUUCUGUUUAAAGAAAUAAAACUUAAAUUAUUAAAAAAUAAUGCAUUAAGCAUAUAAUUAAAACCAAAUUUUGAGUAACUAAUUUCUUGAAAAUCUGAACUUUUGUUACCAUGUUAUUUGAAUCCCAUCCCUGACACUGUCUACAGCCGGCAGAUAUAACCAUUGUGAAGUCCAUGAACAACCCACCGGCGGGUGUCAGGCUUGUCAUGGCCGCUGUCUGUGUCAUGAAAGACAUCAAACCUGAUAAGGUCAACAAUCCUGACAAACCAGGACAGAAGGUAAGAGAGCUCAUCAUAUGAAACUGCUCUACAUCUGCUGUCUUUUAAUUGAAUAAUUUUUAUUCUUUAAACAUUUUUUUUUUUUAAACUUUAAUAUUUUUCAUCUUUGGUUCAUGCCAAAUGCUCUAAGUAAAUAAGUUAUUUUAAAAAAAAGAUAUCUAGCCUGUGUGCUCUUUGAUUUGAUUCUGACAACAUCCUUUCUAAACAAUGUUAUCAGAACAAAAGAUAUAAAUAUUCUUAGAUAGAUCAUGACUUAUAUCAGGAUUUUGCCAUCCUUGUAUAUUAUUAUAAGUUUAUAUGUAAAAUAAUUCUAUGAAACCAAGAGGCAUUUUUUAAAAUGUAAUUCUAGUAAAUAUAGUAACAGCUCUUUUUGAAACAGGUAACAAGCUAUAUAAUUCUAGUUUUUAAACAUACUGUGACUUUUUUUUUCUUCUUCUUUUAGAUGAAUGAUUACUGGGGACCUAGUAAGAAACUCCUGGGUGACAUGAACUUCCUGUCGUCACUGCUGGAGUACGACAAAGACAACAUCCCUGUGAGCAUCAUGAAAAAGAUCAGAGAAGAGUACAUGACCAAUCCUAACUUUAAGCCAGAAAUUGUGGCCAAUGCGUCUUCUGCUGCUGAAGGUGUGGACUACUUGUUGUAUUUUGGGAACAUGAUCUUGUGGGAAUUUCUAAUUAUCUAAUUGUGUUUGCCAGCUCAUUUUCUAGAGCUAAUAUUUUGACAAUUUUAUAAAGUCUUUCAUUUUGAGAAACAAUGCUCAACAGUGAGAAUUCAUCUCUCAGAAGAAGCUUUAGCUGAGAAAAGAUGAUACAGGGAAGUUGAAAAAUGCUGUUUUAAAACCUAAUGUCUUAAUGUAAAUAUUUACAACUUGAAGAGUUAUAAAGAGUUAGUUUUAAAAAAACGCAUUUUUUAUAAAUGAAUUAAACACACAAAUUAAUUCAGCAACUCUGUCCUGUCUUCAGGUCUGUGCAAGUGGAUUCUGGCCCUUGAGGUUUAUGACAGAGUGGCAAAGGUUGUCGCCCCCAAGAAGGAGAAACUGAAGGAGGCAGAAGAAGAGCUGUCGAAGAUGAUGGACAAACUCAAUGCUAAACGAGCGGAGCUUGCUGCUGUUCAGAAGAAACUGGAAGACCUAAAAAACACAUUCAAAGACAUGACGGAUAAGAAGCAGCAGCUGGAGUUUCAGGUGCUGUUAACAUUGAUUUCUUAACUAGAGUUUUUUUUUUAAGCUUAUAGACUUUUUAUGUGAGGUUUUUGACAAACUGGGUUUUAUCUUUGUCAGGCUUCUCAUAGACGCAAUAUGUUUCUUCAGAAAGGUGUUGGUAUAUUUUAAAUUCAAUGUGAUGCUCACAUUUCUUUAACGUUAUUUUUUUUAUUUGUCUGCCAUGGGGUGGGCUGUGGGGCAAAAUGCCUCAAAGAUUACUCAAGGUAUAUUUUAAUCAAUCUUCCAUUAGGUGGACCUUUGUGGUAAAAAGCUGGUGAGAGCUGAAAAGCUGAUUGGAGGCCUGGGAGGAGAGAAGGAGAGGUGGACCAACGCUGCAGCCAACCUUCAGAAUAUCUAUGACAACCUGAUGGGGGAUGUCCUGAUCUCGGCAGGUGUUAUAGCUUACCUGGGGCCAUUCACACGCUCAUUCAGGGACUCAGAAACGUCUCAAUGGAUCAAACUUUGCCAGGUAAAGAAACACAUAGCUGAAUUCCAAAUCUGGAAAUGCAAAAUUACAUUGGCUAAUACACAGUUCUUAAAAUGCCAUUUUUGUUUGUCAUGAAUUUACUUGUCUGUCAGGGAUUUUCUCUGCCAGUUAAAAUUACAGUGAUUUUGUGUUUUAUUAUGUUCUGUGUGGAUAUGUUCCAGUAUUUAAGUAUUUUGCUAGCAAUAAAUUUUAUCUCCUGGUUUUUUAACCUCAAUAUUUAUCUCCUCCCCAAGGUCACUGUGGUGGUAGAUGCUAUGGUGGGAGUAAUGGUCACUGUGGUGGUAGGAGCUAUGGUGGGGGUAAUGGUCACUUUGGUGGUAGGGGCUAUGGUGGGGGUAAUGGUCACUGUGGUGGUAGGGGCUAUGGUGGGGGUAAUGGUCACUGUGGUGGUAGGGGCUAUGGUGGGUGUAAUUGUCACUGUGGUGGUAGGGCCUAUGGUGGGGGUAAUGGUCACUUUGGUGGUAGAUGCUAUGGUGGGGGUAAUGGUCACUGUGUUGGUAGGUGCUAUGGUGGGGGUAAUGGUCACUUUGGUGGUUAGGUGCUAUGGUGGGGGUAAUAGUCACUGUGGUGAUAGGGGCUAUGGUGGGGGUAAUGGUCACUGUGGUGGUAGGGGCUAUGGUGGGGGUAAUGGUCACUGUGGUGGUAGGGGCUAUGGUGGGGGUAAUGGUCACUGUGGUGGUAGGUGCUAUGGUGGGGGUAAUGGUCACUGUGGUGGUAGGUGCUAUGGUGGGGGUAAUAGUCACUUUGGUGGUAGGGGCUAUGGUGGGGGUAAUGGUCACUGUGGUGGUAGGUGCUAUGGUGGGGGUCAUUGUUGCUGUGGUGGUAAAUAUGGUGGUUGGGGCAAUGGUCGCUGUGGUGGUAGGUGUGGUGGUGGGGGUGACCGCUGGCCAAUUCAAACCCCACCUUCCCUUGUUUGAGAGGCAGGCGACAUAGCUAAUGUUAUCUUCUUAUUCCAGUCCAAGAAGAUCCCAUGUUCAGCAGAGUUUUCUCUUAGCAAAACUCUUGGAGAGCCAAUCAAAAUCCAGGCAUGGAAUAUUGCUGGUCUGCCAAAAGACAGCUUCUCUGUGGACAAUGGUGUCAUUGUUGCCAACUCAAGAAGAUGGUAACUAAAACUAAAAAAUAUUAAUACUUAAUAUGCAUUCUUUUAGAAACUUGGCAGCCUUCUAAAUAUUGUGGCAGUGUUGAAAAGUGGGUAGGGGAUACCAGGGCUUAAGGCCCUCAUCUUUUAAAUUUUUUUUUUUUUUCAGAUUAAAAAAAAAAAACAUUUAAAAAAAGGGACCUAUUUGUUUUAUAAUACCCUUCUGGCAAUUAUCUUUGAAUUGCUAGUGCUGUUAAACUACCAUGAAUUGAGAAUAAUUUUUUAAAUUUUUUUUUUUUUUUCAGAUUAAAAAAAAAAACAUUUAAAAAAAGGGACCUAUUUGUUUUAUAAUGCCCUUCUGGCAAUUAUCUUUGAAUUGCUAGUGCUGUUAAACUACCAUGAAUUGAGAAUAAUUUCUCAAAAAUUAUAUUAUAGGCCAUUGAUGAUAGACCCUCAGGGUCAGGCUAAUCGCUGGGUAAAGAACUCUGAGAAGGACAACACCCUUUCAGUCAUCAAGCUGUCAGACGCUGACUACAUGCGGACGCUAGAGAACUGUGUCACCUUUGGUAAUCCGCUGCUGUUGGAGAAUGUCGGGGAGGAACUGGAUCCUUCAUUGGAACCUUUACUUCUCAAACAGACAUUUAAACAAUGUGAGUUCAUCAAGUUGAUGAUUGUUUUGUAGGACAUUUGUGGGGGGAGUAUUGCCUGGGUUGGGUUGGGGGUUUGGUAGGUAUGGGUUUUCCCCAGGCAUUGCACUGGGGUGGGGGUUUGGUAGGUGUAGGUUUUCCCCAGGCAUUGCACUGGGGUGGGAUGGAAUAAAAGUUUAGCUUGGUGUUUACAGGGUGUUGGCUGUGCUUUGAGGUGUUUCCAUGCUGUUGGUUGUUUUUUGAGGUAUCAUCCGGGGAUUGUGAGGUGUUUACAGAGUGAUGGUUGUGCUUAGCACUAAGGGUAAAAAUGUGAAAUGUGAACAUCCCAAUGUAAUUUAUCCUGAGCCCUGUUAAAAAAAAUUUUUUUUUUAUUCUUACUUGCAACGUAAAGCUUUAAUUUUUCCAGCUAGUGUUGAAAAUGAGUUGUACAAUGUUUAAAUUGAUGGUAAGUCAAGUGACUGCAAACUGUCAAAGAGACAUUUAUACAAAUUAAAGCUGCUAAGAAAAUUUGUUUAAAUGGAAUUACAGAUUAGCAAAAAGAAAUUCAUUUUUUAAUAACGACAUAACUGUAAUCUAUUCAUAUCACGCAAAGAGCUGCUCCCUGCUCCGGGACUGAAGGAAGCAGCUGAUGGAUGGAUGCUAUGUUUAAGUUGCUGGAUUCAUGUUUUGUUUUGUGCCUUCAUAUUUAAUAUUUUUAUCCCAAUGCAAAGCUGUGAAAGGCAGGCCAACUACUGGUGAGUUAGUGCUCACUCACUUGGUUUUUAUGGAUGCUGCAAGAAUGCAAAAUCGCUGCCGGAUUCUCCUAUUAGUGGAAAACAAAAAAAAUCACAUAUUUUAUUGUCGUAUCACAUUAAAUUACCUUUAUGGAGAAUUUAAAUUAAUCCAUCAUUUUAUUUGUUUAUAAAUAAAUCACUUUUUUUUUUUUGAUUGGUCACAAUUUAAAACAUUUCAACACUUGUAUCAAGCAAAAUUAAUUUAGUCUAGUAAAAAUGGUGCUGUUUUCCACGUCACAGGGAGCAUGGAUUGUUGGUUUUAAUUUUAAUGACAGUAAAUUUGUGAAGAAAAGUUCCCUUUAAAAAAUGUGUUUUAGUUUUCAUUGAAAUUUGAGUUUUACUACAAAACCAUAAAUAAUCAUCUUACUUAAGCCGAAACAUUUUUAUAUGGCAUAUUUUUUGGUUAGGAUUAGCUUGGAUUAAUAAUUUAAUUUUGUAUAAUCAGGUUUACACAAAAAAUAAUACAAAUGCAAUUUUUCCAAUGACUUGAUUGUUCCAUAAACUAUCUAUCAUUAUUUUAACAUUUUGUGUGUCUGACUAGAUACAAGACAUUUGUGCUUUUUAACUACUACCAAUUUUUUUUUAAUCACUAAUCCAGCUGGUGUUGAGAUGAUUCGACUGGGAGACAACAUCAUAGAGUACAGCCAGGACUUCCGUUUCUAUAUCACAACAAAGUUACGUAACCCACACUACCUACCAGAGCUAUCAACCAAAGUUUCACUGCUCAACUUCAUGAUAACACCAGAGGGACUGGAAGAUCAGCUCCUAGGGAUUGUUGUAGCCAAAGAGAGGUAGGUAGUGGUUAGGUCAUGGUGUGGCAGUGGUGGGUCAUUGGUAGGUCUUGGUAGGUCAUGGUAGGUCUUAUUAGGUCAUGAUGGUCAUGGUAGGUAGUGGUCAGUCUUGGUAGUCAUGUUAGAUAUUUCUCAGUCUUGGUAGUCAUGGUAGAUACUGGCAGGUCAUGGUAGGUCUUGGCAAUCAUAGUAGGUAUUGUAAUCAAGGUAGAUCUUGGUAGGUCUUUGUAGUCAUGGUUGCUUAUGGUAUGUCUUGUUAUGUAUUGGUAGUCAUGCCAGGUCUUUUAGUUUUUGGUAGGUCUUAAUAAUUCAUGAUAGGUCGCUCUUGAUAGUCCAUGAUGGAUCUUGGUAGUCAAGGUAGGUCUUGAUAGUCUUGGUAGUUCAUGGUAGGUCUUGGUAGUUCUUGGUAGGUCUUAUAAGGUCAUGGGCGGUCAUAGUAGGUCUUGUCUUAUGAUGUCACUAGGUGACAGGGCUUGUAGACUAUGUUGUGCUAGUUCUUGUCAUAUAUCAUAAACUGUAGACAGAUUAUCAAAUGCUCCUCAUGAUUAUAACUGACCAUUCAACUCACCAACAAAUGAUUAUAACUGACCAUUCAAAUCACCAACAAAUGAUUAUAACUGACCAUUCAACUCACCAACAAAUGAUUAUAACUGACCAUUCAAAUCACUAACAAAUGAUUAUAACUGACCAUUCAAAUCACCAAAACAUCAUUGUUUUGUAGUACACUUUUUUCCCCGUGCUUGACCUUUGUUUCACCCCACAUUAGAUCCCUAGCAGACGGUAGCGUUUGUUGUGGGCGAGGCUAGUUUUUUUUAUCUGUCGUGUUUACCAAAUAAACAUGGUUAGUAUGUCUCCUGGUAUCUUGUCGAAUCUUCUCAAUAACCCGAGAAAUGUAAACAACACAUAAUUCUUUUCUGGAAGCAUCUUAUGCUACAUGUAUAUAAAGGAGUGACAGAUACGUAGAGAGGGAGAUUCAGAUAGAUAUUUUUACCUUCACGAGAUGUGUAUUAUUCUUUGUGUGCUUAUAUGUGUUUAUUCGCAUUGAUCAUUCAUCAUUAUUCAUUGGCACAUUGUACUAACUGUGUACCGGUACAAGAUAUACCAUACUGUAAGUUGAUGAUUUGUAAUUAUAUUUCUUUUAUUUUAUAAUUGUAUUAUUACUAACUUAAAUCUUAUUAAUUGUAACUGGCAACUGUUUUGGGUGUCAUAUCUUUAUUAUCGUAUUUCUGUGGUAUCGUCCUUUGUUAGGCACUGUUUGAACGAGCCAUACAAUUCAAAAUAAGAGAUUAAUUUCUCACAAGAGAAGCCACAGUGCAUAACAAUCAUGAUUAUAACUGACCAUUCAACUCACCUACACUUUAUGAUUAUAACUGACCAUUCCACUCACCAACACUUUAUGAUUAUAACUGACCUUUCAACUCACAAACACAUCAUCCUUAUAACUGACCAUUCAACUCACCAACACAUCAUGAUUAUAACUGACCAUUCAACUCACCAACACAUCAUGAUUAUAACUGACCAUUCCACUCACCAACACAUCAUGAUUAUAACUGACCAUUCAACUCACCAACACAUCAUGAUUAUAACUGACCAUUCAACUCAACAACACAUCAUGAUUAUAACUGACCAUCCAACUGACCAACACAUCCAAAAUAACCCUGAACACAACUCCUUAAUGUACAGACCAGAACUGGAGGAAGAGCGCCAAGCCUUGAUUGUCACUAGUGCCACCAACAAGAGACAGCUGAAAGAGAUAGAGGAUAAGAUUCUGCACACACUCUCAGCCUCUGAAGGGAACAUUCUAGAAGAUGAACAGGCCAUCCAAGUACUGGACUCUUCCAAAGUUCUCUCAGAUGAAAUCUCCAAGAAGCAGAAGGUAUAUAUUUUGUGUCUGUUUUUAAAAACUGUAGUUGCCGGUACUUACAGUCAAUAAUACCAACAGUAAUUAUUAUUAUUAUGUACAGGUAUUGUAUAAACAGAUAUUGGUUAUUUAUUAUGGUAGUAAUAAAGAGCAAUCAAAUGGCAAGAAAUAACAUUUUUUCAGUGUUAUUUACAUGUAACCAGCAACUUCAGUUUUAAUGUCAUGUGAAUUUUCUGUUGAAAGGAAGUUCUAACAUAAACAUGUGAUUGUGACAGGUGGCUGACGAAACUGAGAAGAAGAUUGAGUCCUCUCGUGUUGGAUAUCGACCGAUAGCCAAGCACUCUUCAACGCUGUUCUUCUCUAUAACUGACCUGCCGAACAUUGACCCCAUGUACCAGUACUCUCUGACCUGGUUUGUCAACUUGUUCAUCAUGAGCAUUCAAGACAGGUAUGUCUGAUGGAAAUAGAUUUGUUCAGUUAGGAGAUCCUUAAUUUAAAAUGUCAAUUUCAUAAAAUUGAAUGAAGAUGAACAUUAUUUUUUAAAAUCUUCUCAUUAUACAUUUUAAUUUUUCAAUUUAAAUAUUCAGCCCUAGCCCUUAAGUAUGAAUACCAAUUUCAAAAGCAUACAUUUUUUAUCAUAGUAUUUUUUUUAAUGUCUAUUUACAUUAAUAUCAUCAUGUUUUAUUUGAAAACUUAUUAGCCUCAAAAUUCAGCCUCUCAAAGUUGGCCAGAUAACUAUCAAUUAAUAAUUAACCUGACAGAUUGCCAGCAAAGAAUUUAUAUGAAUGGAGUAUCAGAUAACUAUGAUGGAAAUUUAAAUGCCUUACCUGCUUCUACUGGUAGUAAGUGUAAAGAGCUGGUCAUUUCCAUCCAUUCACUCCAUUUGAACUUUUUUACUCUUUUAAUCCUGAAUUUAAUACAUUAAGUGCUAAGCAAUAGAUCAACUAAAACACUGUGAUCUCUAAAGGGAAAUAUCAACAACAAAAAAUCAAAUGGUUUUAGCUGUUAUUUUUUUUGUCUCCCCCAAACUUGUUAUAAAAACGUUGUUCAUUAUCCCUACAGUAAUAAGUCAAAGAUUAUAGAGCGCCGUCUGCGCUAUCUGAGUGACCAUUUCACUCUGCAGUUGUACGACAAUGUGGCCAGGUCACUGCUGGCCAAACACAAGCUGGUCUUCUCAUUCCUUCUGUGUGCGAACCUGCAGAUGUAAGUCACAAACGAUUUUAUGACUUGUCCUUCCAUGACUCAAUGCAUGCUUUCUUUUUCAGCACACUUUGAGUUGGCUUUGCGGAGGAUUCAUCCUGUUAACAUUUAAUAAAAGUCUUUCAUUUCAGAUUCAACUUUAUGAUGACAACUGCCCUCACAUAUUCUAAAUGGACUUAUUCUUGUUUUUUUUUCAUCCUUUUUAAAAAAAAUUUAAUGGUUAGUUUCUUUGUAUUUCAAUUUUUCCAGCAACAAAUCAAAAAUUGUGGAGAGGCGACUCCGUUACCUUUCUGACCACUUCACCUAUAACCUGUACUGCAAUGUCUGUCGCUCUCUCUUUGAGAAAGAUAAACUGUUGUUUUCUUUCAUUCUUUGUACAAACAUCCUUCUGUAAGUAUGUCAAAGUAGCAGGUUUGAUGAUGGCUGAGUUUGUGCAACAUAAUGGUGAUUUUUAACCUUUGGUCCAUACCAAUGUGGGGAGGUUUAAUUCAAAGUGUAAAAAAAAAAAGGUUAUGAUAAAAGGGUUUUCAAAUAUAUUUUGUUAAAAGGUUAACAAUCAUCUCUGCCAAUACAUAUGGACUAUGCCAGCCAAAUAUUGGCUAGGUUUAAAGUAGUUCUUUAUAUGAAAUAACCAUUUUUUAAAAUUAUGUGAUAAUACUGAUAAAAUAUAUUUAUUUAAAUAAUCAAAUAGUUUAGAUAUAUUGUUUCCGUAAGAUUUCAAGAAAAAAAAAGUAAUGAUUCUCAGUAAAUCUUUUUGAUAAUUGAGAGGUUAUUCAAGAGAGGACAAAAAAGGGAGAAAAAAAGUAAUGGCACAUUAAGUCAAACUGAUUUUUGUCAAGCUUGAAUUCCUAGUCCCUGCUGACAUAGUCCAUGUUGAUUUUCUGCCAGUUUGAUUAUUUUUCAAAGUGUUGCUGCUAAUCGAUGCUUUUAUUCAUGAUCAUCAUCUCUAGUUAUAUAUUUGAGCUUGAUGAGCAUGGCUUAUAUUUUUUGCAAUCCCCAUUGGAUAGACUCACUAUGACCAUCCACUGCUCUCCUCUGCUUGCUUCUCUGAAAAAAUUGCCAACACAAAAAAAAUGCAAAAAAAAAAAAAAAAAAAAAAAAAAAAAAAAAAAAGCUUCGGGAAAACGAUAUUCAUAACUUUGAACUUUUUUACUAUUUUUUCUUGACAUCUUAACACUAAAAAAAUAAUUUAUACAUUUAACAACUCUCCAAAGUGUUUAAUGGCCUAUCAAUAUUUAUUUAGGUAAAAUAAGAAAUCUUAAUGCUAAAACUAAAGGACAUUGCUAAUUCAGUGUUUCUGUAUACAAUAUGGUGCACAUCUCCAUAUAAAGAAGAAUAAUUCAUUUAGAUCCCAUUUAUAUUAAAUGUGUUUAAUACUUUGGUCCCAUAAAAACGCUCAUGUUUAUAUAUGCACAUAUAUUCAUUAAAUGGGUCUACGAAUUAAAGCUAAGACUUGAAUAUUUAAAGACUCAUGAUCAUGGAUAAAAGCUCGUCAAAGCUAAGCAUGAUUAAUGUGUGGCUUGAAGACUGACUUUCUUUCCUCUUAGAAGUUCAAAUGGGUCUGUUAGAAAUAACAUUUUGCUUACAAUAAAAGUAAAACAUAUUAACACAUUUUGAACAAAAUUAUAUAAGAGAUGUACAAUAAGCAAUGAACAUGGAAGUCCAUACUGAUUAUUAAAAAAAUACUUCUAUUUUUCUUUAAAACUGAAAAAAAAAAAAGGAAAAAUUUGGAAAUAAAAAGUAAUAAUAUUCAAACUUUAAUUAACUACCACCACUUGAUCAGGGUGAUUAAAUAAUAUAGAUUUUUUUUUCGGUUAAAAAUUAUCUUGCUCUUGUGUUAGUUUCGCAUUCUAGACUUUUCAAAUUUAUGGGCACCUUAGAUUUUUGUCACAUUCUAAUAAAAUAAGUGUUUGUUGUUUAUAGAAAGUGAAAUAUUUCAAACUACUAAACAUUUUAAACAAAUUUAAAUGUGCACAAUUUUUAUUUUUUUCCUUUUUUCUUUAUUUGGAAAUUAUUUUUUUUAAUUAAGGCAAUUAAAUAUGUGAGAAAUGGAAAUAGGGGGGGUGGGAAAAUAAAAAUUCAAGAUGUAGAUUAUUUUGAUGCAGAUCUUUAUCAUUGUUUGAGAAAAGUGUCUGUUUUUUUUUUGUUUUUUUUUAAACAAAAACAUUCCCAAGCAUUCCAAAUUUACUGUUUAACAUUUGGAUGUCACAUGAAUUCCACCUAAGGCAGACAUUCCUACAUUUUUUACAUAUUUAAUCAAAUAACUAAAAUAAUAAAAAUCUUUUUUCAAACAAACAGGGGCCAGUGCGACCUCAAGGUUCAUUACUUAAGUUGUUUUCUUAAAAUGACUAAUAUGUUGUUUCACUCACUUUUAAAUCAUCCUUUGAAAAAGUUGUGAAAAUUACUUACCAAUUUGCUGCAUAAAAAUUGCUUGCUUACUGUUUUUUGUUUGUUUGUAUUUUUGUUUUUGUGCUUUGUUUUAAAUUAUUUGUUAUAUUGUGACAUUAUAACACCCAAAGUCCUGCUUCUUUAAAGGGCUGUUAAUUUACCAAGCUAUUAAAAUGAUAGUUAUUUAAUACAAACAGUAUAGAUUUAUGGUCUGAAAAACUUUGAAAAUAGAACAUCCUCAUUUAACUGAAAUAAUAAUAAUAAUAAAGUUUAUUUGUAAAACACGCUUCAUCCCCAAAAGCUCAAAGAGUGGUACAAAGUCAACCAUAUAAAAAAGAGAAAUAAAAACAAUCUAAAAUUUACCACAUUUAAAAACAGACGCAACAAUAUAAAAGCUACAUACGAGCAUACCAAGUCAAAGUCUUUCAUCCCAUUUCAACCAUAAGCAACACAAGCCAAUAUUCAUUAACUGGAAAAAGAUGGUAGACAGCAUCAAAUAUGUAUAGUAUCUUUUUAAAAAGAAAUUGACUCGUAUUAUGUCACCAUUUUCAUUAUUUUUAUAUGCCUUUUUUUAUGCUGCAGUCAUUAAGUUAUCACAUCUCAGACAAAUUAAAAUUGAAACAAGUUAUUAUUAUUAAAGAUUUUAUAAAGAUUUAUAUUUUGAAUUUAUUUAAGUAGGGCAAUUCUCGUAGAAUCAAAAUUGGCAUAUUUACAACCUACCGUUCUCAGGGCCAGGAAAGAUUUGAACCUUGAAGAAUACAUGUUUUUCCUUACUGGUGGUAUUGGCUUGGAGAAUAAAUUAGCUAACCCAGCCCCAACUUGGUUGAUUGACAAGUCAUGGGAUGAAAUCUGCAGAAUGAGUGACCUCAAAAACUUCAAAGGCUUUAGGUAUAUUAAUUGGUGUUGUUUUGAUGUUGUUUCUAAUCACAUGGGGAGGGGGUGCAUUUUAAACAAAAUUUGUGCACCAAGUCUUUUUGUAAGUUCAAAUGGAGAUUUCACCUACCCCCAAUAAUGAGAACUUUGUGCACCACUACUUUCCCUGGGGCAAAAGCUCCCUUUGAAUCAUUCUUUCAUGGAUUCAAACAAGUUUAUUAAAAAAAUUAUUGUAUUUUUUUAUAAUGAAUUUCAAUACUAAGGAAGGUACUAUACACAUGUUCAAAGUUAACAGAAACGGUAAGGGAAAUAAGCAAAGAAUAUUUCUUUAAAUAAAGGGAAUUUAUUCUUAGUAUUAGCCUUUCAAGGAACAUAAAUCUUAUAAUUAAUUAAACAAAAGAAAUUAACAAUAAUUCCGAAAUAUGUUUGAUUAUUAUUUUUUGAAAUGAGUAUAAUUUUUUCAUAUUAGUACUCGCUAUUCUUAAAAGUGUAUUAUUUUCUAAAAUUAAGUAGAAUACUUUUAACUUUGAUUAUUCUUUAAUGUUAGUUGUAAAAAAUUAUAACAAUGAGUUUAUUUCACUUGUUGCUAAAGUGGGGUCCCAAAACUCACCAUCGUAGUUAUCGCUUCUCGGCCUUUUGGCUAAGAUCAAAGUGUAGUAUCUGUUCUUAUCAGCUUAAUAUCUGAUACGUGGCUCAUUGAGUCACUACGAUAUUAAACUGAUUUUUGGAACUAGGCGAGAUGCACGGGGCUUGCUCCGCUCUCGCCACGGGUCGGCCCGGUAUUGCAGUUCUUCCGGGAAUGGCCCAAUAAUCGAAAUAACAUGAUUGGAAAUAAAGCGAACCUAGGAAACUGAGUGUGAUCUGAAAGACACAAGCAUAUUCUGAAGUUCUCUAAUUGUGGGGUUUCUGUUGGAACAUUCGUAUAUUCUUUAUUAUCUCCCUUAGUAUUGAAAUUUAAAAAGAAAAUGGUUAUGGAUACUAGUACGGAUACCAUUUUAUUACGGUUGUCAGUGCUCAUAUUAUUUACAAAUAUCAACACAUGUUUUUCGGAAUAAAAAAAAAAAGUAAUGAAAUGCUAUAAUGGUAGACUAUGCUAGUUAUCACGAUUUAUAUUUAAACCUAGGAAGUUCAUUGUUCACACAUUUAAAAAAUUGGCAAUUACCUGUUGUUGCCCCCCUUUAUAUUUAAACCUAGGAAGUUCAUUUUUCACACAUUUAAAAAAUUGGCAAUUACCUGUUGUUUCCCCCCCCCCCCCCCCCCCCAACCCACACACACACUUUUAUCCAUCACCAUAGACCUCCACUUAUUUUGCCUGACCAGAGGAAAAAUCUGCCAUAGGUCGUGGAGGGAAAGUCAUAGCACCCAUUAAUGUGUGUAUUCUGCGGAAUGCAAUGCUAUUUCGCAAUUUUGGUUUCUGGUAUACUGCAUCAAUUUUUUGGGGCAUAAUAAGCAUCAUAGAUUGUCACCUGCAGCUUUUAUUAUUCUUUUCAAAAAUAACUUAGUCAAAUGCAGGACAAAUAAAUUAGAGCAUUUAAUUAAGCUUUAUUAUUAUUCUUUUAAAAAAUAACUUAGUCAAAUGCAGGACAAAUAAAUUAGAGCGUUUCAUUAAGCUUUAAAAUAAUUCCAUCAAGGAUUACCAUCUUGUGAUCACCUUAUGAACUCACAUUUCCAGUAAAAGCUAAGGAAAAAUUAAUUUCACUUAGUCCCAAAUUAUUAUUUUUUCAGUAAUCAAUUUAUUUAUUUGUGAAUAAAAUAAAGCCGUUUGCUUACUUGAGCAUCUAGAUCAUUCUGUUACAGGUAUAAAUAUCCUGUUACAGGUAAAAACUACACUGUUACAGAUAUAACUAUCCUAAUACAGGUAUGACUAUCCUGUUACAGGUAUGACUAUCCUGUUACAGGUACAACCAUCCUGUCACAGGUAAAACUAUCCUGUUACAGGUAGAACUGUCCUGUUACAGGUAAAACUAUUCUGUUACAGGUAUAACUAAGUCCAGAUAAAGCUCUAAAGUAGUCAUGGCAUAUUCCUCUACUUUUUUCUUUUCCAUAAAAACAUAGGGAAGAUUUCAUCAAAAACAUCGAGAAAUGGAAAGAAUUCUACAAUGAGAAAGAACCGCACAAGGUACCAGCGCCUGAACCCUGGAACGAGAAACUCAAUGAAUUUCAGAGGAUGAUUCUGCUUCGAACCAUUCGACCGGACAAGGUGAGACGUCAACAUAAGUGUGUACCCUGCUUAUCUUCUUUGAUAUAAUAUAAUUAGUUGCGCAAUAAAAAUAUUUAAAGAUGAUGGUUUGUAAUUGUGAGGGUUUUGAAAAAUACUCAGUUAAUAAUUAUUUUUAUCCCCCCCCCCCUUUUCCCCUCCCCACCCACCCCAAUAAGUGUGUACCCUGCUUAUCUUCUUUGAUAUAAUAUAAUUAGUUGCGCAAUAAAAAUAUUUAAAGAUGAUGGUUUGUAAUUGUGGGGGUUUUGAAAAAUACUCAGUUAAUAAUUAUUUUUAUCCCCCCCCCCCCUUUUCCCCUCCCCACCCACCCCUCCAAAACAGAUUGGACUGGCAAUCACAGAGUUUGUGAUGGAGAAACUCGGUAAGAAAUUCGUGGAGCCUCCUCCAUUUGACCUGGCCAAGAGUUACACAGAUUCAAACUCCUGCACUCCACUUAUUUUCAUCCUGUCUCCUGGUGCAGACCCUACCAUGAGUCUUUUAAAGUAUGCAGAGGAUAAGGGAUUUGGGGGAAAUAAAUUCAACUCCAUCUCACUUGGCCAAGGGCAGGUAAGUCAUGGCUUGCAGAGAAUUGAUCAUCUGCCAAAAACCACCACAAGCUAAAGAAUUAAAUCGGGUAUUUAUUCGAAAUUUUAAAAGAUUUUUGCCAAAUAUUUAUUUUGAAGAAUUUCAUCUGAACUCAUCACACUGUGAAUUUUAUUCCAAUUUUAUUUUAAAAUCUGAGAUGUAGUUUAAUUUUUUGUUGUUUCUUUUUUAAUCUUUCAAUGGAUUUAGUUUUCUGUUCAAACUCCAUUGGUAGUAAAUGACCUUUUAUUGUAUCUCCUGGACAGGGGCCCAUAGCAGCGAAGAUGAUCAAACAGGCCAGGGAAGACGGGACAUGGGUGCUGCUACAAAACUGCCACCUAGCUGUCUCGUGGAUGAAUGCCCUCGAGAAGAUCUGUGAGGAGUUUACACCAGAAACAACGAACUCUGGAUUCAGACUUUGGCUGACAAGUUACCCGUCACCCAAGGUAACCUGUGGCCUUGCUGGGUUCAGACCCAGAAAAUUGUAUUGCCUGCUCUUACUAGUUCUUGCUGCCUUUAAAAAAAAAUAACUACAGAUUUUAUGCAUUUUGAUUAGCAGCAGUAUGCUCUUGUGGUUAAUUUUGUUUGAGAACUAAUUUUAUUGGUGCAUUUUCUUCUCGUUUCUAGAAAGUUAAAGAAAUAAAACUACAAUAAAUUAAUUACUUAAUUAUUUAUUGCAAUAUAAUUUUUCAAGGAGGUGGGGGGGGGGGAGCAGAAAACGUUUUGACAUUGGGAGGGGAUGCAGCCCUACAGAAUCCCUUUCCUAAAACAUUUACUGAUAUCAUUUUCCCACCCCCUUUUCCCCACAACAUUUUUCUUUCUAUAACUUUUCUAUGACUCCUGACUCCAAAUUUGAACAUAAAUUCACCUGACUGUCAAUAUCACUACCACCCCUUCUCCUCCUCUGUGGCGACCUGUAACAUGAUCAGAGCCAUUUUUCAGACCUCUCAUACCUGUACUGAUUCUCUCAGUAAUAACGACAAUGAUUGUAGUUUAAAAAAUAAAGUAAUUAUAUUUGCUGUAUAAAAGGAUAGAAAAUGUCUGUAAUUAAGUGUUAUUCUGUGCAAUUUUUUAAAAAAUAUUUUAAUAAUGUGCUUCAUUUUUAUGUGACAUCACCUUGCUUACCCCCCCCCCCCCGGACUCGUCACACAAAACUGUGACCUCUCUCUCUCCCCCCUUGACACGUGACAUCAUUUAUGGAUGGCCCCCUUACCAUUAGUCAACAUUGUUAUCAUAAUUUCUUAUCUUUAUAACAUUGCUACUCACUAUUCAGUUGGCUAUUACUAUUACUGUUAUGUCUUUGUGUUUUCCAUUAAAUCUGAAGUUUCUCUUUGUGGAGGCUUUAUACUGUAUUCCAGUUGAGUGACCUACUGCUGGUAUUAGUAUUAGUCACUCGAUUAUGUAUGAUUUUAAAAAUUUGCAUUAUUUUAAAAUUAUUCUGAUCUUCUAGUUCCCUGUGACAGUCCUUCAAAAUGGCGUCAAGAUGACUAAUGAACCCCCUACAGGCCUCCGACAAAAUUUGCUGCAGAGCUACCUAAACGACCCAAUCAGUGAUGAAGUUUUCUUCAGAGGGUGUAAAGGCAAGGAGCAGGUGAGUGUCAUUCUGGUUCAGACUUAGUUGAUAAUUACGUGAAAGACUUACUAUCCCAUUCUAUAUACAUUUUUAAAUCAUAUAGACUCUAGAUAUAUUUUUUAAAGUUGUCAUAUGAAUUGAAAUGUUUUAAUAUUUUCAAAAAAUUGUAAUAACAGUUUUAAUAUCUGUAUCUUAUAAAAAAAUACUUUCAAUUUGAGAGCAAUUACUUUUUUUUCUUUUUUUUUUUUGUAAGUUAAAAAAUUUUGAAUUGAUACUAACUGCAACAGGCAAGUAAGGUUUUUUAAUCUUUUUUAUACGCAAAGUAUCCAUGCAUGCAUUUUAUGUUGUAGAACUUUGAGAAGCUGCUGUUUGGCCUUUGUUUCUUCCAUGCCCUGGUUCAAGAAAGACGAAAGUUUGGUCCUCUUGGCUGGAACAUUGCAUAUGGAUUCAAUGAAUCCGAUCUCAGGAUUUCUGUACGCCAGCUCCAGGUAGAUGUUUCUUGACAUUAUGAUGCAUUUUAAUAUACACAUUAAAAUUUUUUUUGCACUUACCUAGAACUCUCAAAUCAGCCUUUUCCUGUCCAAGUUACAGUUUGAAAAAUCUUUUCAGAAAAUGAGAACUAGUAGAGAGAUUUUAAGUAAUUAAUUCCUUUUAUAACAAUAAUUAGGCCAUUGGAAGUACCGGUACGUCAGUCUGAGCUUAAAUGAUUUUAUAACAUUGUUAACCCCUGUCUUCCACUCACAGAUGUUUAUCAAUGAAUAUGAAGAUGUGCCCUUUGAUGCCAUCACGUACAUGACAGGGGAAUGUAACUACGGUGGCCGUGUCACCGAUGACUGGGAUAGGAGGUGCCUGCUGACCAUCCUGGCUGACUUUUUCAACGCUUUCAUUGUCACUGACCCCAAAUACAAGUUCUCGCCCAGUGGCAACUACCACUGUCCAACCAAAACCGGCUACAAUGAAGCUGUUGAGUUUAUCAAGGUAGUUCACCUCUCUUUUAGACACCCCAGUCUCCUCUUAGUCUCUUCUUUUAGCCCUUAUAUUAGUGACAUAUUUCAUAUGAAUUAUUUAGUUUUGUGUUUAGAAUCUUCAAUGCUAACUUCUAAGUGGACUGCGGAGAAAACAUUUAAUGACUUUGACUAUAUAACUCAGAUUCUUGUGGAUGAUGCUGGAGAAAAGUUAAUACUACUACUCUAAAUAAAAACAGCCAUCACAAAUCGUAUCCGGAAAUUUGAUGGAAAGAAAUUCUGUUGACGGUAAAUUGGUCGACGGUAAUAUGAUAGAACAGAAAUUUGGUCGAAUCUUCUUUUCAAUUUUUACGUUCCAAUUUUGCAUCAGAUUUCUUUUUGAACGAAUUAUUUUGUUUUAUUAAAUAGUAUAGUGCGUUCAAAAAGAAAUUUGACGAAAAUUUUAACGUGCGAAUGGAAAAAAAAGAUUCAACCAAAUUUCCGUUCGAUCAAAUUAUGGUCGAUCAAUUUACCGUCGACGAAAUUUCUUUCGAUCAAAUUUCCAGUAACCAUCACAAAUAUUUUUUUGGGGGUAUGGGGAAUUUUUAAAAUUGUGUGUAUUUGAUCUGGAGUAAGAACCUCAACUCUGUGCAGCUUGAAUGGUUGUGAAUUAAUUCAAAUCCAGCAGCAUCGACUCCUGCAAGGAUUUUCAAUGUUUGACAAAAGUUAUUUAUUUAACUUUGUAUUUACAUUUAAUCAAAUUUUUUAAAAUUGAUUGAAUUACAUUUCAGGAGUUUGGAAUUGCUGAUUCCUGAUUUUUUAUUUGUUUGGUUUUUGCAAUUUCCCUGUACAUUAAAAAUUAUAUAUUUAUUUUCUUUCUUGGGUUCUGGUACUUAUUUUCAAAAAUUAUUUUAUUGUGCGAUUUAUUUUAAUAUGGUUCAACAUAUGCCAGUAGGUCCUUAUGCCGUAAAUAUUUUUAUUUCUAGGGCUUGUUUAUUAAAUACUUUUCAGCAUUCUUGGUUAAAAUUUUUUAUCAAUUUAAGAAAAUUGUGGAUUACAAAUGUGUUUUUUUUUUCCAGAACCUUCCACCCACCCAACAACCAGAGAUAUUCGGUAUGCAUGAAAACGUUGACAUUUCACGAGAGCUCCAGGAAGUCAGGCUCCUCUUUGACUCGGUUCUGCUGACCCAGGGAGGACAAGGGGGAGGAGGAGGAAGUACAGAUGAGGCAUUAGCUGACAUUGCCACUGACAUUUUGUCCAAGGUAGGCGUCAACCCCUGAUGCCAAGAGAGUUUCUCAAUGUCUUUCAAUUCUCACACCAUUUGUCUAUAAUACAUCUUAUAUUAUAACAGGAUGACCCACCACACACACCAUUUGUGUAUAUAUAUUUAUAUAUACGUCUUAUAUUAUAAUUGGAUGACCCACCACACAUCAUUUUUAAUUACUGUACAAUAAUUAAAUUUGUUUAUUUUGCUAGAUAGAAAUUUAAUGAUUGGGUUGACAAAUACACUGAAAAUAAUUUGACUUAAGACUCAGGACCAGAACCUAGUCAACUGUAUAGAAAUUGAAUUGCUUUUUUGUCUAUAAAUGCAAUGCAUAAAGUUUUGUACUGUUUAAAAUCCCCUGUCAUAUCCUGCCAUUCUGUCUCCAUGCAAAUGAAGAUUCAUGUGGUACAUCACAAUCUAUGAUAUUAUUCUCACUUACCUAUCAUGAGCCCAUUAAUUAUUUUAGACUUGAUAAUCCAGUGCUUACUUAAUCAUUUAUACACCCUGAAGUUUCCGAACUACACCUUGUAUCAGAUAUUCAUAUUAUGCUAUGCCUUGUUGAUCAUUCUGAACACACUGUGACUGUCCUGGAAACUCCAACUGACAACAUUAAAUAUUCUUGAUCUUUGCAGCUUCCCAAAGAUUUUGACAUUGAACAGGCCAUCAGAAAAUAUCCUGUCACCUACUCGGAGAGCAUGAACACUGUAUUGGUGCAAGAGAUGGAGAGAUUCAACAAGUAAGACUUUUGUUUCAAGUUUUUUGUUGGUUGUUGUUUUUUUUGUGUGGGGAGUUUGUUAAGGACUUUAAUGUAUAUUGUGAUUGCAUGUUGUUGAGAGAUUAUAUGUGUUGUUGUAUCAAUUAUGCUUAGUAUUUUGUGACAUAUUUUGUGGGAAUGGGAAAUGACAUAUUGUUGUUGUGUAGUGGUUGUGAUGGAUUAAUGGCAGUUGGACAUUUAAUUGUGUUAAUUAAUAUACUGUAUUCUAGUAACCAAUGAUUUGUGAAGUUAAUAUAAUUAACCCCCAGACAAAACAUAGCCAUCGAACCUUUGGUAGAAUGGGUUAGUAACAGAGGUUGUGAAGUUUGCAUGAGACUGAUCUUAUGGAGUUCACAAGUUACCAAGCUUGUUUAUAACAUUUUUCUAUAGCAGGGGUCAACAAACUUUUGCCUGUGGCACAAGACAAGGCCCCAAAUUUUUUUUUAAUGAUUUGACUAAUUCUUAACUUGCUGUGUACAUUACUGUAACAUUAUAUCUUCUUGCUGCCCCUCUAACCUAAAUUAGAAAUACCCCCCUCCCUUUUUGAGACACCCAUACAUGUACACUUGAACUUAUGUCAGCCCAGGCAUUUUAAUGUACUAUAACAUGGCACCACAAUGUCAGGUGCGAACAUUAAAUGUUUUCAUCAGCUUUUCUUUUACAGUGUUUUCGUAUUAAUUCAAAUUGAUUACCUGCCUCUAAGAAACAUCUUCCCCCUCCACACUAGAGAGAUUGAUGCGCCUUAUGACACAAGUAGAACUGCCAUACUACCUUACACACGAAGCUUUUCUCAUAAGCUUCAACAUGAUUAUUCCACAAUAUUUUUUUGUUAGAGGAAGAGAAAAUUAACAUUAUUUUAAUAGCUUAGUUAAUUUAAAAUGCUAAAUACGUGAGGGACAUAUGCCCUGCAUUUCCAAGUAUGAAAUCCCCCUUCCCCAUUGAGUUGAGUCCUAAUUAAGGCCGUCCAGAAAAAAUUAAGCCCACCUUCCUUACUUAAUAUUAAGUAAGUGCUCCUUUUGGCCCACAGUGCCUAAAAUAUUACUAUUUUGUCCUUUUCAAAAAAAUUUGCCAACCUGAGGUCUAUAUAUAUAGAAUUGCUCAUAUUUCCAUUGAUAAAAUUUAGUAAUUUUUUUUUCAAUUUUCAAGACUAAUUAAUUAAGGGUGGCUUAAUGUGGACACUGUAACAAUGACAUAAAGAGAAAGAAUACAACCCUUCCCAGAUGUCAGCAAGGAUUUCAGCGUCAUGGGGUGAUAACCAAUACCGGUAUCCUAAUAUUUACCUAUGGUAACCAAAGGUAGAAAAUGGUUUUCAGGUGUCAAAUACCCUGGGUGUGCCCCUUGUAAAACAUAUAAAGACAAAGAAAAAAAAUUAUCAUUGCUUCACAGGCUGUUGGUGAUUAUACGUUCAAGUCUUCAGAAUAUUCAGAAAGCCAUCAAAGGUCUUGUUGUGAUGUCAGCAGACCUAGAAGCCCUGGCAGGAAGCCUGCUCAUUGGCAAACAACCAGCAAUGUGGACCAAACAGUCCUAUCCAUCGCUGAAACCCCUUGGAAGCUAUAUCAAUGAUUUCCUGGAGCGUCUCAAGUUCCUGCAGGUAAAUUUAUAAUAAACACAAAAGUUUCCACGAGGGCUGUAACUCAUUUUGAGUUAUGCAAAGCAGAUUAGUCCUCAUCUAUUCAACUUUCAUUUUUAAAAAAAAAUGAGUGUCAUAUCAAAUGCUUUAAGUUAAAACUUGCAUCAUUUUUUGGGGGGUUAGGUAUCGUACAUUAGUUAGCUUCCAAAACAUUAAAAUUACAUAGUUACUGAUGUUAAAGGGGGUCAUAAAAAUGUUUUUUUCCACCCCCACUCAGCAAUGGUAUGACCAUGGCAAGCCAGAAGAUUUUUGGGUUUCUGGAUUCUACUUUACUCAAGCCUUCUUGACGGGUGUGAUGCAGAACUUUGCCAGGAAAUACACCAUCCCAAUUGACAAACUGGCCUUUGAUUUUGAUGUGAGUGAAUAUAUUUAGUUGUGGGUUUUUUUUAAAUAUUUUUUGUGGUUUUUUGUGUCUUUUAAAAAUAAAAAAAAACCUUUGAAAGCCUUUGAAUGUAUAUGAAGACCACAAGGGAAAAAACGGCAGGGUCACAUAAAUAAUAUUUGUUGUUUUGAGAUAUUCCAUUUUUUAAGUUCAAAACCAUGCACAUUAAAAAUGUGUAAACAAAAUGUAAAUUUUUAAAAUGCAUUUCACAAGAGUGUCCAUUUCCCUGAGUUAUUAAAUAGAUAAAGUAAUUCAAUCUUGAAUGUAACAUAGUUUAUUUCAUUAUAGUAGAGAGUGUGGUCAAAAUGGACUCUGACGUUUUUCCCUUGUAAAAGUUUAUCAAGGUUUGAUCAUUGAUAAAUAUCUAUAUAAAACUAUUUUAUAAGUUAAUUUUCACAUUUAGGAGUCAUUCGCAAAUUACGUCACGCUCAGAGGGGGUGGGUCGAGAAUAUGUGACGGGGAGGAGGGGGGGGGGGGAAAAAAAACAUUAAAAUAAUUUCAUCAAUCUAAAUAAUGACAGUACAUGCAAUGAGUUAUCUGAUUAAUGGAGCUAAAAACCACAUGAUAAAUAUCUAUAUAAAACUAUUUUAUAAGUUAAUUUUCACAUUUAGGAGUCAUUCGCAAAUUACGUCACGCUCAGAGGGGGUGGGUCGAGAAUAUGUGACGGGGAGGAGGGGGGGGGGGGUAAAAAAAACAUUAAAAUAAUUUCAUCAAUCUAAAUAAUGACAGUACAUGCAAUGCGUUAUCUGAUUAAUGGAGCUAAAAACCACCUGAAAUCUGUUCCAGGUUUUGGUACAGGACAGAAUGACCAAGGCUCCUGAUGAUGGAGCAUAUAUCUAUGGUCUCUUCUUGGAUGGUGCACGCUGGGACAAAACACAGUAAGUCCUUGUUUAAUUUUGUCAGCCAAGUCAUGCAGGGUUCAUGUGGCAGUUAUAGUUAGUCAGUGGUAGAACUAUUCAGGCAGUUAUAGUUAGUCAGUGGUAGAACCAUUCAGGCAGUUAUAGUUAGUCAGUGGUAGAACUAUUCAGGCAGUUAUAGUUAGUGGUAGAACCAUUCAGGCAGUUAUAGUUAGUGGUAGAACCAUUCAGGCAGUUAUAGUUAGUGGUAGAACCAUUCAGGCAGUUAUAGUUAGUGGAAGCACCAUUCAGGCAGCUGUACUUAGUCAGUGGUAGAACCAUUCAGGGAUUGGAAUAUCUGAUCAAUGUGGUCUGAUCAAAAUAGAAAUUAAGAAAAUUUUAACAAUGUUAGCCAAUUAAAUAUUUUAAGCAUAUGUCUAGAAUCACUUUGGCUUUUUUUAUGUUGAUGUCUUCCUCCACUUCUCCUGUAUGUCUUCCUCCACUUCUCCUGUAUGUGCUCCUUCACUUCUCCCGUGUGUGCCAACUAGGUCUUGCAAGUGUUAUGUAGAAUAUCCCUAAACCACAAAAUACAUGUAUAUUUUUUCUUAAGUGGAAUGUUUACUAGUAAUGAAAAUAUGAGUGGCAUAACUUCUUUCACACCAAUAAUAAUUCUAUAGAUAUUAAUGGGGGUUGUGGACCCACAGUAUAAAAAUGGUCUGUCUCUAACUAUGGCUUUUAUAUCCACUCACCUACAGGGGAUGCUUGGAGGAACAAUUACCCAAAAUUCUAAACGAGUCUGUCCCCGUUAUAUGGCUCCGUCCUAAACGUAUGAAUGAGAUUGAUGAAUCCAAUAAGCGGUACAGGUGCCCUGUAUACAAGACUAGUGAACGUAAAGGUGUGCUUUCCACAACCGGUCAUUCAACCAACUUUGUCCUUGCCAUUUGGCUGCCAACCAAGAAACCUGUCCAGCACUGGGUCAAACGAGGGUGUGCUUGUCUAUGCCAGAAAGACGACUAGAAAACAUCAAGUACAGAAGAUUAGAGCACCUGUUGACUGACAUGUUUUGUGAUCACCAAUUGUGCCACCAGCAUUACUAAAUUGUGAUAUGUUUCCAGUCUCUCACUCACUACAUUAGCUUCAUCAUGGCCAAGGAUUGAAUAUAUUUUUGUUUGCUUUAAAAAAAUCACUUUUUCGAUAAAUGCUUUUAAAUAAAAGCAUAUUGUUUAUGUUGGUUGAUGUUUUAGAUAACAAUAUUGAUGUUAUGAAGGACUGUGAUAAAGUUUUGUUAUGAAAUGAAAAAACAAAUCUAUGUGAUUUCAAAUGAUAUAUUUAUGAAUUUAUUUUUAAAUCAUAAGACCUACACCAUUUUUAAAAUAAUUUAAAAGUUGGAGACAGGGGAAGGAACAAUGUAACAUUACCAAUUAAUUUCUGCUUCAGCAAAUACAAUCUACUGAUAAAUAUUUUUUUAAAUGUUUGAUUAACAUAUGUUGUGGUAUUUCAAAAAGUAUUAUUUCAAUGUAAAGCAAUUGUAAUUUAUUUAAAUUGUGUAUUCAUCUACAUUCUAUAUUUUCUCUUAUAUUGUUCCUAAUUUUUAUUGCGUUAUUUCAUCAAUUAAUGUCAUUGUAUUAAUAUUUAUUAAUUUUUGUAGCUGUCAACUAUUUUUGUAACAAACAUUUAUACCUAUAAACUUUUUACCGGAUCUUUCCUAACAGAUGUGAUUUGAUUUAUUUUUGUUAACCCUUGCAUUCCUGAAAACGUGACAUAAAUUUAACAUCACUGCAAGAUUAGCAAGAUAAUUUAAACUUGAAGGGAUGUAUCGACUGUAUUCUAACUAGUGAUAUUUUGUUUAAUAGCUCGUGUUAGUUGCACUUUUGUACAGUGUUGUAGAGGGAAAAAAAAUUAAUGUCACUUGUCCUUGCUCAUGUAGAAAUUAUUAUUUUUAGAAUCCAUAUUUUUUACCACGUUUACAUUUUCAGCUGCGAUUUAAGUUAGAUGCAACAAACAUUGCGUAUGUGCGGCACAUUUUCAUCAUGUAUUAUAAUUCUCUGUUUACAAAUACAUCUCCCAGGUAUGAAUUUAAAAAAAAAUUUUUUGUCUUAGCAGCCAUCCAUAAAUGAUGUCACGCUUCUUAGGGAGAGGGGUGUCAUGAAUUCAUGUCGAUGUAUUGUUAAGUUGUCUAAGUUGCAUGACAUAUAUUUUUGAUGAUGGCGG